AUGGAGGUGGGUCUCUUCCGUAGGGCUGCUCUCUCUCUGUCUCCCUCCCUCCUUCCUUAGAAAAAGGAAGAGAGAACCCGAACCCAGCCUGGGAAAGGGCAGGUUCACACGUACGGCGUGCCCGCGUCGCUUGCGGGCUUCGCAGGAGUUCCAAACGCGUCGUCUGCACGCGUCGUCUGCACACGGCCUGGCGGAAACUUUUCGCCUCUCCCGAAUGGCUCGCGCAUUCUUAACCGGCGCUGGUCGAGUAGUUGCGGUUCCGAACGCUUUUGUUUCAUUUCAUUUUAAAUGGAUUACCCUCUCAUUUGUCGCCGGCGCUUAGAGCUCUUAUCACUGCGGAGCGAGUUUAACCGGGCAGGUCGAGAGGUGGCUGGACAAUCGGCUAGGGUGAGAUCUGAACCCAGCCCCCGCCCCGCCAAGUCAGUGCUGGGGCAUCGCCCUUUACAGCAUUGACUGCGAAUGGGUGGAUUUCCCCAAGUUGGUCCAAUCCCGUGCACCUGAAACAAGUAUGGCAGUAUGCGGCGGUGCUUACUUAGAAGAAAGCAUAUGUAGGGUCACGGCCUUACUCUCCUCCAGCAAUAGGGUCUCUCUCUCCUUCCCACAAAAUGGGUGUUUGGCUUUCUGGCUGUUGCUGGCAGCCAGCCCCCUUAAUUAUUAUUAAUUUUUUUUGCAUAAUUUUCCUUCUGCCCUUUUCCCAAGGGUUAUUUUGUUGCCUGAAGCUGAGUCAAAAUUGUAACCCCACAAACACUUUAAAAAUUCUUGCUUCAGCAUUCAGGCACCAGUUCCUGCCUUCAUCUGCUAUCUAUCCAUCACCCCAUAAUGGUCCCACUGCUGCAGGCCUGGCACUGUGUGAGAGUGUGGGCCACCCAUGUGCCCUUUUCUUCUUUCCUUUACUAAACGUUAUACGUUUUAGCUGUCCUGCUGUGCUGUGUAGUCAUCUGUGAAAGUGUUUGAAGCAAGUGAAUUUGACUACUGUAUCUUUGCUUGGACAGUUUGAUACAAAAUAUGGCAUAAUAAUUGCCACUAUUUAUCCUAUAAUUGUACCGCUUGGCACUGCUGUCUCAAAGUUUGCUUGUUUUACAUAGCUGUGGAGGAAAUUAAUGAUCCUGAAGCAGGCUGUGCCGCUGGCUAUUUUAAAAUGGUGUGUUCCUGUUCUCUUUAAAAAGAAACAAGCUCCUCUUUCACUGUAAGAUUGACUACUAAAUAUGCUCAAUUUCUUCUUGCUGGCUUGAUUACCCCUCCAUUUCAAAGAUAUUAAAGUUUGAGUGAAGCACAUAAAGGCAGCUGCCUAAACAGCAAGCCCUCUUCAGAACUCUUUUGAGGUAGGAAAAAGGUGACCCAGAAAAGCUUCUCUAGGCUGUGCUGGGGAUAGUAAGAUAAUGUAUUUUACUAUGUAGCUAAUGAACUUCAGGUAAUUAGAAAUGUUUCCAUGACCAAAGAGUAUAAUGCCCUUUGUUUACAGCAAGUAGAAGGAUUUUCUUUUUUUUAGGGAGGGAUGGGGAAAUGGACACAUUUGGGGAAACAAUACCAUCAUGCUGCUGGCAUUAUGUUUGCAACUAGUUUUUGAGAAUUUUUGUACAAUUUUGCAAUCUUGGUAACAGACUUGACAGACCUUAAUAAAUUUUCUGUCUAUAUACACAUGUAAACUUAGGAAAUGGUUUGUUCUUCUAAUAUGAAAGUGUUAUUUUCAUAAAAUGUGCCUUAUUUGGGGGAGAGAAUACUUUCAUUCACCAGUGCUGGUUUAUUCAGUCUUUCAAUGCUGCUUUAAGUGUGUUUUGACGAUUGAAGGCACAUGUGUCUUUAAUUGGUACAUCAUAGAUAUACCUGUACAGAGGAUAUUGAGAGUGGAUUUCUGGUCUUUGUUUUGGUAAGUGAUGUGCAUCCCAUUUUCCUUUCUAGGACCUGGGUGUCUCUUCAUGCAGGUACUAAACAGUGAAUGUGACAGAGCUUGUUUUCUUUGGUCAAGUGGAAGGGUGGGAGCUAGAUGGCUAGCUCAGGGGAGAUGCCAGGUGCUCAUGAAAUUAGGUUCCCUGCAAAAGUUGGAUGCUUGUGAUUUUUUAGUGGGGGAGAAGAGAACGAUGGAGAACUCUGUUUUGCUUCAGGUUAGUGGUAGGUAGCAUUGUGCCUCCAUAUGUUGUUGGACUACAACUUCCAUCAUCUCUGCCCAUUGGGUAACCAUGAGUGUUGACUUUAAAAAAAAAGGGUGCUUUUCAUAGUUAUGCUGUUAUGUUUGGUAUUUUAAGGAUAUUAAUACAUUAAGUGUUGAGUACUGUACUCCAGUCAUUUCCUGAAGGAGUACAGUUUCUCAUUAAUAGUGAUCUCAAAAGUACAGCCUUGGGAUACCUUUAUUCAGUUUUGUGUGCAAGAGUAUGCUUUGCUCGGUGUGUGCAUCUGUGUGUACUAGUAGCAGUACAGUAGCUGUAUACUGAAAGGUUUGUUUAGUCCUUUGUUUCCUUUGUGCCAUGUGAAAUUAAAUGAAUAAAUAACUGGAAAAAGGCUUGUGUGGAAGCAACUUUUGCAGUAUUUUAAUAAAUCAUUCCCAUUUUGCAAAAUGGUGGCAGCAUAUCCCCAAGAAUCCUGGAAAGAUUAUUAUUAAAUUGUGUGACAUUGGCAGACAUAUGUCUGCUGCACCUGGCAACAAACAUGUGAAUGAUAACAUACUGCAGGUUAACCUUUAUAAAAUUAGUUUGUUAACAAUGUCUGCUAAUCUCAAAUACCAUGUGUUAAUUUUGUCAACUGCCAUAUCUGAGUUUAUAUAUAUUUGAGAAGUAGAACACUGUAUGUACUUAAGUGUUCUUGUUACCAAGGUUAUAAUAAAGAUGUGGACUAGGAAUUUCCAUCCAAGCACUUUACUACAAUAGGUGACUCAAUAGUAGUAGUUUGUACUUUCAAAAAGAAAGUGAAUGCUUGGUGCAUGUUGCAUAUAGUAUAAUGCAUGCUGGUUCCAUAUGGUAAAAAUUAGGCACACAUUACCUUCCCCCUCCCCAAUAAAAGUCUUUUUUGUUCAGAUUACAUUUUGACUAUUCAUUUAUUGUGAUCUAUCUUUUGAGAGAGUCUUUGAAUAUAUUGUUAAUGAUUACUGUGAUAAUGAAAUUAGUUCUAGUAAUAAUAAUUUAAUUAUUCAUACCCCGCCCAUCUGGCUGGGUUUCCCCAGCCACGCUUGGUGGCUUCCAACAGAAUAUAAAAGCAUAAUAAACAUCAAACAAUAAAAACUUCCUGAUACAGGGCUGCCUUCAGAUGUCUUUUAAAAAUUGUGUAGUUCUAUAUCAUCUGAUGGGAGGGUGUUGCUGCCGAGAAGGCCCUCUACCUGGUUCCCUGUAUCUUCACUUCUCACCGUGAGGGAGCUAUCAGAAAUCCCUUGGGAAGUGGACUCAGUGUCUGGGCUGAAUGAUGGGGGUAUACCUUCAGGUAUACAGGGUCAAGGCCAUUUAGGGCUUUAAGUGUCACUCUGAAUUGUGCUUGGAAGCAUACUGGGAGCCAGUCUAGACCCUUUAGGACUGAUGUUAUAUGGUCUUGACAGCCACUCUUGGUCUACAGUGUAGCUGCCGCAUUCUGGAUUAGUUGUAGUUUCUGAGUCACUUUCAAAGGUAGAGCACAUUGCAGUGGGAGAUUAACUAGAGCAUAUACCACUCUGGUGAGACAGGGCACCGGCAGAUAGGGUCUCUGCCAACAUGCCAGAUGGGGCUGGUAGAUAGCUGCCCUGGACACAGAAUUGACCUGUGCCUCCAUGGGCAGCUGUGAGUUCAAAAUGACUCCCAGGCUGCUCUCCUGGUCCUUCAAUGGCACAGUUACCCCAUUCAGGACCAUGGAGUCCCCCACACCACCCACUGAACAUAGGGGGAGAUAGUUAGAAGUUUUGUAUCUUUUAAAAAGAUGCCUGAAUCUCUCCCUUCACCUGAAUCACCUUUCAUCUGUUGGUAGAUUCUGCCCCUUUUGUAUGUGAGAUGAUCCUUUUUACCUAGAUUCAGUUUGAGUUGAGAUUGGAAAGGCUUGCAGAUCAGAGAAAAACAUGCAGAACAGAGCUGAAUAUUUUCAAUUUCUUCUAUGCAAUUCCUACUUCAGACUUGCCAUUUAGAACUUCAGAAGGCAUGUACCGUGGUAACUUCUGGGUCAGAUUACUGCAACCUGUUCUACAUUGGACUGCCUCUGGGGGACCGUUCAGAAACUCCAUAUCUGAACAUGUAUCCAGCUUUGAGCCAAUCACAUAGAAGACUGUCAAUUCAUUUUUGAGUGCAGUUUAGAGUUUUCACAUAGGAAGCCUUGCAUGGUUUCCAUGUGAACUCUCCUGGACCUAGAGAUUAACAUCCCUUUUGUGCGCCUCUUCCAAAAUAAAUUUGGAGGGUGGCAACAAGAGAACAAGUCUUCUAUUUCAUAUGUAGCUGCCCAAUUUUGAAUGCUUUCCCCAUAAUGCCAUUCAGUGUUAGAAACUGGGAGAGGAAUGCUAGGAGCCAUGUGGCUCGUUGGACCUAGGUUGUGGGCGCCAAAACAAAAUGUCAAGGUUUCUUUUUCUUUUGCUGCCCUGCUGCCAGGCAGACCGGGGUGGGGUGGGGGGAAUGCUGCUGGGCAAUCAGGUAGUCUGCAGGGAGGUGUGGCAGCAAAAGAUCUGUCUUUUGCUACCGUGCUACCCUGCAAAACACCUGAUUCACCUGGCAGUGUGGUAGCUAUUUUUAUUUUUUUGCUGCCUGGUGAAUCAGGGUCUGCAGGGUAGCGUGGUAGCAAAAGACGCAUCUUUUUUUGCUGCUGCUGUGCCUGGCAAACCAGCUGAAUGCAGCCAGGCAGGUGGCGAUGCUAGGUGCCAGGGGUGGUGCCCAGACAUUUUCAGUCACGAAAGGCCAAUUGCAUUUUGCAACUGGUGCCUGGCUGGUUUCUAAUGCUGGUGCCAAUCAGUGUCCUUGCUGUGAAGUGGUGGAGCAGGCAUAUUUCCCUACUGGGAACAGGCACCCACAACCAAUGUAGAAUUGAAGCCCAGCCUCUCAUGUAGCGGCUGAUGUAACAAGUGACACCAGCUGUUUGACUAGGUCGGCAUGGUUUAGGAGAAAUGGCGUUGCUGGCCAAAUUGGAUCCCUGCUUUUGCACAGUAGAAUUGUUUCUGGCAGUGUUUCUUGGUUAGCAAGUUUUAAAAGUAGGGCCAGGGGAACCUAAUUCACGAGGAACCAGAACUUGACUAGUCCUUGCAGCAUGAAGCAUCUGUCACUUUGACAAAGCUAAAAGCCAGUGAAAAAACAAUAGGUUCUGGUGAGUUAGUAGUGUUAAACAAAUCCCAUUAUAUUCAGAUUUCUUAAUUUUGCAUAUAAGGCAGAGAACUUUUAGGCCUGAUAGAUGAGGCAAAGCUGCCUCAGCAGAUUUAAUGAAGUUAGCCUACAGGGAAACUUAGAUGUUUCAGCGUAUCUUUUGUCAUCUCUCAGCAAUGUUUCACAGCUCCACCUGUACAAAUGUAAAGAUGCCAGACUCACACGCUCCUGGCUUCCAAAUGCCAGAAAUUAGACUAGCAAAGUGAUGAAUGACAGGGAGGGGAGGGGUGAGUUGAAUAAGAGUGCUUGAUGUUGGAAAUUUGGAAGUCAUAUCCAGUGGAUCAUCCCAGUUACUCAGAAGGUUUUCUGAACAAUUUUUUAAAAUGCUGUGUAUUCCCAGUUUAAGGCAGAAGGUUCUUAAGGAGGGGUGGGAGGCUGACUAUCAAGUAUUCAAAGAACUCUCUAGGGAUAACUCCCAUUCCUCUAUAAUCUUAAGGGUCAUUACCCAAGAAGAAAUCUUGCAUGUUAGAAGAAGUCUUUUAGGAACCGAGGUCCUUGUUAAUACAUUUAUAUACUUAAUUUGACAUCCUAAAAGAGCUUUCAGAUGAUGGAUGGCUGUGGAGAUAACAUCUUUAAGAGAAAAUUGUUAAAAUUUUGGAUUAGGACUGAAACCUUAGAUUGUAAAUACUAAAGGUAAAGAACCCCUGGAUAGUUAAGUCUGGUCAAAUUCGAUUAUGGGGUGUGGCAUUCAUCUCUGCUUUCAAGCUGAAGUCUGCAGACAGUUUUUCCGGGUCAUGUGGCCAGCAUGACUAAACCACUUCUGGGGCAUGGAACGCUGUGACGAGUGCCAGAGAGCAUUGAAGUGCCGUUUACCUGCCUGCCACAGGUAUAUCUACAGCAUAUCUGCAGCAGCGUAUCUACUCACGCUGGUAUGCUUUUGAACUACUAGGUUGGCAGGAGCUGGGACAAAGCAGCAGGAAUUCACCCCAUUGCAUAGAUUCGAACCUUUUUUUUUACCCUUUUACUUUAAAUACUAUUAGGGUUUUUGUUGACUCUAUGGGAAUCUGCAUCAGUAGAUAAAGGAAGAAGAGGCAUAGCUUCCUGAGGAAACUGCUUAAUUGAUCUAGCCUGAAGUUACAGUGUAUCCAGUUUGACAGGAAUUUGUAUAGUCGUACCUCGGAAAUUGAGCAGAAUCCGUUCCAGAAGUCUGUUCGACUUUCAAUGUUUGGAAACCAAGGUGUGGCUUCCAAUUGGUUGCAGGAAGCUCCUACAGCCUAUCGGAAGCUGCGUCGGAUGUUCAGGUUCCAAAGAACAUUCACAAACUGGAACACUCACUUCCGGGUUGGCGGAGUUCGGGAGCCAAAAUGUUCAACUCGCAAGGUGUUCGGGAUCCAAGGUACGACUACAGUUGCAUUGAUAUUGCUAAAUGAGGAGCUGUACAGAAUGCUGCUCAGCCGUUAAAUUAUUAUUAGAAGGCUAGCUAGUACCUAGGUUUUUGGAUUUUAUUUAAAUUUGCCUAGACCAAGCCCCUUCAUAAUCAUUAGAAUUAAGAACAUCAGAUUUGAUAGUGGUAAUGUUAAAACGUUAAAAUCAAUAAUAAGAUCUUUAUGAGAUAAAGUCAAUAAGUUUUUUUUCUAAUCUGGGAUCAUGGAAUUGAUAUCUUUAUCCAUAAUUUUAGGAAUUUUUUUAAUGUUUUGUUUAAGUUCUACUUUGCUUAGUAUCAUUAAUUACAGAAUCCCGAUUCCUAACAUAAAUGCCACUCCCACUUCCUAGAGAUUACCUACGGGACCGCCUCUCCUGGUAUGCCCCACAGAGGAACCUACGGUCUGCAAAUAAAAACAUCCUGAAGGUCCCAGGCCUCAGAGAGGUUAGGCUGGCCUCAACUAGAGCCAGGGCCUUCUCGGCUGCGGCUCCAAUCUGGUGGAACGCUCUGUCACAAGAGACUAGGGCCCUGCGGGACCUGACAUCUUUCCGCAAGGCCUGCAAGACAGAGUUGUUCCACCAGGCCUUUGGUCAGGGCCCAGCCUGACUCCCUCCUCUGGCAACCUGCACAGAAUUUCGCUUAACGGUUGCCAUUAAUUUGAUUUUAAUUAAUUUUUAUAAUGAAAUGUUUUAGAAUGUUGGAUUAUUUGAUUGUUUGAUUAUUUGUUUGUUGUUAGCCGCCCUGAGCCUGGCUUUGGCUGGGGAGGGCGGGAUAUAAAUAAAAUUUAUUAUUAUUAUUAUUAUUAUUAUUAUUAUUAUUAAAAUUAAAUUAAGUGGCUAUUGAUUAGAUGAAGGUUUUCUGAGAUAUAUAUACACUACCUGUCAUUGCAUUAACUUUCAGUUUCCCAUUUUUAAAAAACUCCAGCUUGUCUGCCACCAGUCCUCAAAAAAUCCCCAGGUGACUCCAAAAUUUAUAUUGGGCUUGAACCACUGUUUGGCCUCUCGCUUUUCUCAUGCAGAAGGGGCUCAUUCUCACAGCAUAUUGUUUUUGUAGAUAUUCUCAAGGUUUGGGUUUUGAUGCAGCAGGUGGGCACAGGAAGGGAGAAAGAAGUUCUAUAAAAAAGCUCCCAUCUUCCACUCUGCAUUUUCGCAUCUAUUUUCAGCUGUUGCCCCCCCCCCCCCCAUUCUGCUGCUACUGCUUCAGUGCUUUUUUAAAGUUGAAAAUGUUUUUCAAUCCAAGUUCCCAGGCAAUUGUGUCAAUGUCGCAGAGGGCAAACGAACCCUUCACUCUAAAGGAGAAAAUGCAUCCUUGUUACCCAGGCAACUGAGCCAUUCCUUCCCUGCACAGCAAGACUUUUUUUUCCUGUUUCAGUUGGUUGUAGGAGCAGGAUGGGAGUGAAAAUGGUUUGCAUGUCCACAUUCUGCACUUACAUUCAUGAUUUAAAAUUCAUUAUACUUUAAAGAGCUCUAGCAUUCAAUCACUGAUGAAAAAUGGAGUUUACAAAUGUCUGACUUGGAGAUGGAAAGCCUGUCAACUUUCUGAUGUUGUUGAACUAGAACUUACAACUUGUGGAGAGCCACAGCUUGUCCAUCUCUGUUAUAACUCAUAUAGUCAUAUUAAUUGGUUGCUAAAACAGUUAACAGUUUGCAAUGAAAUAGAGCUUUUAUACUCUGGUUUUGGUCCAGAGUAUAAUGACUCUCAAUUCCAUCCUCCACCCCUUUCCCUCAGUUUAUCUUUAGUUUUGUUUCUUAUCUGAUUGUAAGUUACAGGCUGGAUUUUCAAUAAUUUAGCAGAGGCCGAAGACUGUUCUCAGCUGUUAUAUAUGAAUUUAAAGAAUUUUUUUAUCCUGCUCUUUAGCCAAAAAUAUGCUCCCAGGCAGCUUACAAAUGAAAAUAAGGCAGCCUUGUUCUAACACAUACAGUCUAAAAGACACAACACAAAGGGUUUGGAACGGAGAAGGAAAUCAGACAGCAUUCUUAGUUAUAAGGUUCUUGUAAUGUCAACUGGAAUAGAAUAAACAAAAUAAAAAAAUUCCUUCCAGUAGCACCUUAGAGACUAACCUUAGAGAUGCGGGUGGCACUGUGGUCUAAACCACAGAGCCUAGGGCUUGCCGAUCAGAAGGUCGGCGGUUCGAAUCCCCGCGACAGGGUGAGCUCCUGUCGCUCGGUCCCUGCUCCUGCCGACCUAGCAGUUCAAAAGCACAUCAAGUGCAAGUAGAUAAAUAGGUACCACUCCGGUGGGAAGCUAAACGGCGUUUCCGUGUUCUGCUCUGGUUCGCCAGAAGCGGCUUAGUCAUGCUGGCCACAUCACCCGGGAGCUGUACGACGGCACCCUCGGCCAGUAAAGUGAGAUGAGCGCCGCAACCCGAGAGUCGUCUGUGAUUGGAUCUAAUGGUCAGGGGUCCCUUUACCUUUUUAAGGUGCUACUGGAAGGAUUUUUAAAAUUUUGUUUCUACUACGGCAGACCAACACGGCUACCUACCUGUAACUGGAAUAGAAUAAUUUGAAGAGGAGGAGCCAAAAGUUGCUGGUCUUUCAGUACAGUAUUGCUGAUGGAGGGGCUUGAUACUCUUUCCCUAGACAAAUAGAACAGAUUAUAUAAUAAGGGUUAUGUUUCUUUCUAAUAAAGUAUGCUACCUUUGAACAUUUUCCUAAUGAAUUAGAGUUCAUUUAUACUAUUAUAGAUAAUGGGAUAGUUGACAGGGUGGGAGCAAACCAGCAGAAGGUAUCUCUGAAUGCAUAGUAUUUAGUAUAGUGGCACUAUAAAAGGCAGCAUCUCUCUGGUGCCUUUACCUCUCUCUUGUCUGAAUCGCUUUGCAUUUAUUGCAACUCAUAUUAGUGCAGAACUGUCAGCUGUGUCUCUCACAUCAGUAUCAAAUGGAAUACAUAACAGCUUCAAGCCUUCUGGCUUUAACUUCUGUAAGUUUGCAUGGUACAAAGUUGCACUGUCUUCAUGAGAGGGUUUUGUGUCUGAAAUCAGAACAUUUCAUAGGUCAUUUGUGAUUAAAAGUUAGAAGAGAAUCCUCUUCUUUUGUCACUGUAUCGUAGGAAUAUAAAUGCAAACCUCCUGGAUCAGUUAAGUUAUAUUUAGUUGAGUACUCUGUUUUUACAGUGGCUAAGUGGAUACAUCCCGGAAGUGAACAAUCAAGAUAUGAAUUCAACAGCCUUCUCUCACUUGAUCCUCAGCAACAAUAAAAGACAUGAUACAUCUGAUCCUGGGGGUUGUCUAUGGUUAUCAUGACUCGUAGCCAUUGAAAGCCUUAUCCUUCAUAAAUUUGUUCCGUCCCCCAUUCUAAGCCUGUGUUAGUUACUGGUCAUCGCCCUAUCUUGUGAUAAUGAAUUCCUUAGUUUUAACUGUGUUCUCUUUGAAAGGGUUUUCUUUUUUUCUGUCCUGAAUUUCCCCCCAUUCAAUUUCUUGGAAAGAAUCCAGGUUCCAGUAUUGUGAGAGAAGAGAGAAUUCAUUCUUGUACAUUUUCUCUGCACCAUGCAUAAAUUCAUACACCUCUGUCUUCUUGCAUCUGCUAGCAGUGCCCUUCUGAAUUAAUAUAAGAACACCUCCUGGAUCAGAAGAGUCCUGCAUUCUGUUCUCCCACUGGCCAACCUAGCACUCAGUUGUUUGCCAUCCAUAACAAUGUUACUCUGAGCCAGGGGUCAGCAACCUAAGGCCCAUGGGCUGGAAGCAGCCCACAGAGUCCAUUUAACCAGCCCAUGAGCUGCCCCUGAACCAGCGCAGUGCGGCGCGGGGACUUUCUUCCGCAGCACCGGAAAUCGCUUCUGCGCAUGCCCAGACGCCCAAAGUCGUAUCCGCGCAUGUCUGCGGUGCCAGAAAUCGCUUCUGUACAUGCCCAGAAUCUGAAAAUUGCUUUUGCGCAGGCAGGAUUUUCAGCGUCUGGGCAUGCACAGAAGCAAUUUCUGGUGCCGCAGACAUGUGCAGGCAUGACUUCUGGCGUCGUGCUGUGCCGGUCUGGCCCAUGGAGGAUCUCUGCAGGAGUGAUCCGGUCCAUGCCCGGUAAGUCUUGCCGAUCCCUGCACCAUAAUACCUAUGAUUCGUUGUAAUAUUUCCAUUAUGGCUAGUGGUCAUAUCUUCUAUGAAUUUGUCUAAUACCAUGCAAGCUGGUGACCAUCACUAUUUCUUGUAACAAAUUUGAUAUUGCUGUGUGAAAAAAAAAAUCAGUUUCUCUUUCCUGAUAUACUCAUUGAUCAGUUUCAUUGGAUGAUCCCAGGUUCUGGUUUCGGAGAAGAAAAAAACUUUUUCUUUCACUUUUGCCACAUAGAAUCCAACUCUAUGUUACAAGGGACCCUAAGGAUCAUCUAGUCUAACCCCCUGUACAUGCAUAUUUUAUACACUGGUCAUUCCUCCCCUCCUUGUAUUUUCUCCCUGUACUGUACUAACAAAACCUAAGCGUGGCAUUUGCUCAUAUGGGAGUUGCUCCAGCCCCCUAAAUCCUAGCUGAUUUCUUGUGCUGAUUUUUAAUUCCAAUUUUUAAGUUCUUUUAUUCUUAUAGAUAUUUUCCCCAAGUUUGUUUUUGACAUCUUUUACUGUAGAAAUGAUUUUGAAUAACCCCCAAGGGUUCUGAAGAGCUCUGACCCUCUUCACUUUUCCUUUCAACUUUCUUCUUACCAGUCACAUUAGUUUUUGAAGUGUUUCUUAUUUUGAGAUUAUCUGUGGGGCCUUGCAUUGCCAUCUGCAGUGAUUUUGUGGAUGUGUCUACCCAUUCUGAGAUGCCUAUUUUGACUGACUUCUUGCCCUCUUUGAAGCACAAAUCAAUCCUUCCGCAGUCACAGUUUUUGUGAUGAAAGGUAAUACAUUAUUUGUUAUUUGGUCAGGUAGAGACAGGAAUCAGAAUUGUAGAGUUGGAAGGGACACGGUGAAGGUAAUUUAGUCCAGCCCACUGUAAUGCAGGAAACAUUUGCCUAAUGUGGGACUCAAACCCACAACACUGAGAUUAACAGUAAAACAGUGCAGACCAGGGAUAGGGAACCUUAAACCCAGGGGCAAAAUGCAAUUCUCCAGGUCUUUCUAACCAUGCCUGCUUCACACCCUCCUUGAGUGCACUUUGCAUGUUCUUGAACUGCGAUGAUACUUCUGGCAUACCUGGAUGAAUAGGUGUUUAAGUACUCAUUGAAGCCUCUGACUGAGCAUAGCUUUACUAUUCAUUGGUAAGGAUUGCAUCUGUUGCUCUGCCCAUUGCUGGCAUGCAAUCUCUAGAAGGCUGCCCAUGAGGGUAGAUAAGUGAUUUGACUUUGCAUAAGACAGGUUCAUGUGUUCAUUACCUAUAUGGCCAUUUAUGGGUUGAUGGGCUGAUGUUUCAUUCACAUUAUUAGAAUAUUUAUUUUCAUGCUCUGUAGUGAAGAUGAUGUUAAAGAUACAGUGUUAAGGUUCAAUAUUCUGUUAGAUUUUGCUACAUGAUUGAUUCUUAAGGACAGAUAAAGCUUUCCUAUUCCCAUUGUGCUGGUGUGGUUAAAGGAAACAUGUUUUGUUGCCCAUAGACAAUUUUUCGGCCUUCCAGUCAAUACCUUUGCAUGCGUAGUUUGAGUACAAUGUGCAUCAGGAUUCAUAUCCAGAAAAACUGAAUAGUUUUCCCUUGGCAGAAUUUUUCCUAUAAGGAGGAUUGCAAGCUAAUAUGAGGAUGCUGUGCCUAUUUUUUCUAGACUGCCAGUUUUGUGUCAGAAAUGCUUUUUGAAUGCAAUAAAAUGCUAGAAGACUUCAGUAAGUGAAAGGGGCUACUUAACUGUUUUCUGCUGUCUCGUGAUAUUUUGGAGAAAGAAUAUUGAAAGUGAUGUUCUGGUAUUCUAUUCUAUUUGUUUAUACUGUACUGUCGUAGUUUUAAACCCUUUAUUGACACUGUAUUUGAGUGACAUACAGUUUGGGUUAAUUUUUCUUGUAAUAUCUGAUCUUUUACCAAGACUGUUUCCUUCCAGUUAGUCAUCAAUAGAAAACCUGAAACGGUUCUGAGGAACUUAAAAGUAAUUGAAGCUGCUUCAGUAAACUGUAAACUCAGUUCAAUGCACUUUUGUUUGCACUAUAGUACAUAAAGACCAGAAAAUCUAGAUUACUGUACUGUAAACAACUUUGAGCAUGGAAUUAUGUGUAACAAAACUACUUCAAUUGUCUAUAAUUUGGAUUUAGGUAAAAGACUAGUGGCUUUGUUAAAUACGAUAUGAACAAUGAUGUAUUGCUAAUAGGUACAUAGUGGAUUCCAACCAGAAUCUGUACCCUGGAAUAAUUUUAUUUGGCUUUUGGCAGUCCUGCCUAGUUUUAUUCAAGGUAUAGUAGAGAAGUUGCCCACUAUUUUAAUAAAAGAAAAUUCAUUUCAGAGAGCUGAAUUUUUAGAAGCUCACAAAAUAAGGACUUGAAUUGUGGUGGAUGAUAGUACAGCUUUGGGGAACAGGAUCCAGUUGGAGGACCAGAUCCUGCAUUCUCCCUACCCUCACUCCCAGCAGAUCACUUUUACAGAUGGGCAGAUGACAAUUAAUUUUUUUAACAUACCUUGAACUCAAGUCACAUUGCAAAAGAUAAGUACAGUUGAUCCAAGCAGGGCUUGAAUUCACCACUGAUUGGCAUUGACAUAAAACCCUCCUUUUGGGCAGUCCCCCAAAAAUGUCAGACAGCAAGCGUAAAUACUUAAGCAACAGCUCUUUCUGAUAAGGGUCCCAGGCAGUUGAAGAAGCUUGCCCCUUGAUGGUACCAACAAUGUCUCCCAUAGUAACGCUAGCAACUAUGCCACUCCAGGCUUGUUUUAGUAAUAUGGUGCCUCAAUAAAUUUUAAUUGGCCACGGCAGCAGCUAAUUUCAUAGUUACUAGUUUUGAAAAAUAUUAAUUGGGUCACUUUAAAAUGUCUUAUUUUUCUUACCCUUCCUCAAAUGGCUGUGGAAAGUGUACAUAGUUCUCCCUACUCUGUCCUGUCAUCAUAAGCAUGUGAGAGGAAAAGGCUCAAGGUCUCAAAGUGAGCUUCAUCGUUGAGUGGAGUUUUGAUCUCUUAUCACCACAGCCCAUGUCAGUACCUCUUUGCUGUUCCAUAUUGUGUCUCACAGAAGGAGAUAAUCUUUCAUGUUAAUGCUACUCAAAAUGAGCUUGUAAUUUGACUAGACUUAUCUCAGCCUUGCCUUGAAAUAAGAUGCAAACACAUGUAUUUGAAAUCAGUUUUGCACUUCUUUGCAUUAUCAAUAUACAAUAGUAUUUAACAGAAUAAACAAAGCCUAAAACGUCUCAGGACCACAUAAACCAUCUGGGACUCUGCGAUCAUCAUCUUACUUCCUCAGCGAGAGGUCCGGAGAGUAGCAACACAAGAGCACUCUUUUAAGUUACUUUCUGCUAAUGCUACUACACACUUGAUCUUAAAGAAGAAGUGGGUAUAUGAUGGCAGCCUAGGCUUUGGUUUAGGGUUGGCAUUGGGGAAAGGGUGGGUUCUUGUGUCUUUAAAAUCUAUGAUCUCCACAGUUAAGACCAGCAGGACUUUUCUUGGGAAGCAUGAGGUUGUUGCAGAGUCGGGGAUGGUGGAGAAAAACAACAAGGACCGUAGUCUUAAUUUUGUGUUACGCGAUGCCCCCCACAGCGCACACUCAAAGUUCAAAAUGUGCUCAUUGGUCCAGAAUGGUGGCAACUCCUGCUGUACUUGAUGGAUUUUUUACUACAGAUUUUAAAUUUAAGGAUUUUCUAAAACUGUUCUACAAAUUUAUGUAAACUUCCUAAGGUUAUUAAAAAAGCAGUAAUUUUGAACAAUACACUAAACACUAAAGCUUCAGCUCUUUGAAGCAACUGAUGUUUGACCAUAAGUGACAGAAGGAACUGAUCAUUAAGAGAAUAUGAAAAUAUCGGGGGGGGGGGGGGGAAUUAAUGAAACUCAUUUAUUUUGUCAUGGUACAUAUUGUUCAGUUAUGCUUAGUCAUACUUCCCCUUAAUUUCUGUUUUAUAAAUUAUAUGUUAAUAAUCUUGCAAAAGUCAACUCUUGUGACACCUCAGUUCUUAUAACUAUUCAGUUUUGGGAAUUACUGUGGACACAGAGUUGAGACUUAUGUUGCUGUCACUUUUAAUACAGUGAUUAGUAGCUUUUUAUUCUGAAGGGUUGGUGAUGAUUCAGAACCAAAAAUUCAAAUUUAUUUGUAGUAGUUGUGUUUGUAUAUCAUAUUAAACAGUAGUUAAUGUUUACUACUCAUGUCUCAAUGUAUGAACUAUCAAAGCAGAAUAAUAGCCACCCUCAUGGUUUCAAUAUUUCCAGAAGAGGUAUCUUUUGUUGGUGACACAGGGUCACACAGCUACAUUAAGGCAGUUGUCAUCCUUGGAAAAGGUAACCAAGGAAGGGAGUUUGUGUCUCCCCCCACUUCUCUCUGGGUAGGUGUCUAGGUGUCCUUGGAUAAAGAGGUUGGUGGAGUUGAGUUGUCUUUGUGGAAUUUGGUGAUGUGAUGGAGCAGAGUACUGUAGAUUAAAAUGAGUGGUUUUCUGUUUUGGGGUUUAAACCCUACUUUUCUUCCCUUGUAACCAGUUUGCCUUGUAUGAAAUGGGUGUUUUGUGUCUAGCCAUAUGCACUGUAGUUGUCAUUAUGUAAACAGGCAUACCACCUGGCAGUUAUUUUGUUAUAGCGCCCACAACACAUGCUGAAAAUUCCAAAAGUUCCAAGAGUCCCAGAAAAGUUUCAGACCCUGUCUUUAUAUAAUCUGGGAUCUGACCUUAAUCUUCCAUAUAGGCAUUUUCCCCAGCCUACAUAUGUCUAGCCAUGCCUCUAACACUUUGUUUUAAAUGCUAACUGAACAUCAUAUGAUGGAACAACCUUACAAAAUGCUUUAAAUAUGAAAACAGAUACAGUGGUACAGAUGCUUCAGGUUACAGACGCUUCAGGUUACAGACUCCGCUAACCCAGAAAUAGUACCUCGGGUUAAGAACUUUGCUUCUGGAUGAGAACAGAAAUCGCGCAGCAGCAGCGUGGUGGCAGCAGGAGGCCCCAUUAGCUAAAGUGGUGCUUCAGGUUAAGAACAGUUUCAGGUUAAGUACACACCUCCAGAACGAAUUAAGUUCUUAACCCGAGUACCACUAUAUAUUUUGUUAGUUCCUGGGGUUAUUUGUUCAAGCACCAGUUCUCUGUUUGGUAGAGAUCACUGCUUUCAGGAUGGAUUUGUGUGUAUAGCUUGCACACAGGGUUGCUGGGUAAAUUACUUAAUUAGAAUAGUUUGCUUGGAGAAGUAGUUUGCUUCAGAACGUCUUUAAUAGUUCUUCUGAGCUUCAGAAAUUGAUGGUGAAGUUAGGCCGUUCUCCCACAUUUUUGUAAGUGUGAUGCAGAGAAGGCAUUUGUAAACCAUUCUCUUAGGUGUUGGGAAAUGGAAGAGCUGGCUCAUGCAGUAAUGAAAACAAUGCUAUUGGAUGCCCUUCUUGGAGUACAUAAGCUCAAGUAUUUUUUCCCUACAUUUUUAUUUGGAGCUACCAUACUCUGGAUAGUUUUAGGAUAAUGAGACACCAGAUUUCAAUUACAGCCCAUUUUGCUUUGGGGAGGAGUUCUACUGAGAAUGGAAUUGUCAUUUUCGGUAAGAUCUGGCUCACUAGAGUGCCUAUGCUUGAAGCACUUCACAUUGCCUAAGCAUCUAUUUAAUAAUCAUACUUGAGUGCAUUAAACUUGUCUGUUAUAUUUUGAGAAGGAUAUUUUAUUCCUCAGAUCCUUUGUAACUCUUUUCUUUUUUUUCUCCAUAGAUGUGGAACAUGAUCUCUGAAAUGGGAUUAAAGCAGCGUCACUGACUUCAAUAUACACUUCAUUUUUGUUUUUGACUUAAAGUGCCAUGAGAAAAUUUGCGUAUUGUAAGGUGGUCCUUGCCACCUCACUGGUUUGGGUCCUUCUGGAUAUGUUUUUGUUACUUUACUUCAGCGAAUGUAACAAAUGUGAUGAGAAAAAAGAGAGAGGCCUACCACCUGGAGAUGGUAAGUAUUAAUAGUAUUUAGUGACCAAAGAUUAAGUUUUUCAAAUACUGCAUAAAAUAAGUGAAGUAAUGGCCAGGUUAAGACUACAACAGAUAGGAGAAAUGUGUGCUUGUUUUCUUCUUAAAUUAUCUGGACCAGAAUUAGUGUGGUUCCCCCCGCCCACUGAACAGUAGACCUUUUAUGUGGUAUCAGGGACUGUUUGCAUUUCUUUCAUUUCAAAAGCAUUUUAACAGCUGGUUGAGAAACGCAUGCACAGAUUUUGCUUGGAUACACUGAACUAACAUUUGAUUGCUGGCUCUCAAAAAAUGAGAAUAAUAGUGGGAGGGAGAGGAGGGCAGAAUAAGCUAUGGUCCCAUCCAGCCCUAUAAUUUUAUGUAGGUGGUGCUGAACCUUGGGGCCUGUUCAGCUCUACUUUGGCCCCAUAUGGCUCUUUCUUCCCCAGUAAACGCCAUCAUCUCAUUCUUUCCCCUAUGGCACCACCCCCCACCCACUCCAUCUUCUGCCCUCCCUUGUGUUUCCUACAUUUCAUCUAAACUGCUUUGCUCUCUUCUAGACACUAAACUUCAGGUGUAAACCCUCACUUACUUAUUGUAAAAAAGCAGCUUUCAUGCUUAAGACACUGGCCCAGUUCACUAGUAUGGCUACUGUCUGAACUAGACAGGUGUUGCAGACACUAAUGAGAUGACUGGAAAUUAAUAGGUUGGUAAGAAAAACCUGAAACAUGACAAAGGUGUGUCACACAGCAGUGUCAUUGCACAGUGGCUUGAUGCAAAUUGAGAUGACUGGAGAUUAAUAGCUUUGAGAGUAAUCUGAACACAGAAUCAGACCCCUCAGGCCAGUAGACAAUUCCUUCUUAACGGGAUGGGUUUUUGGAAGACACCUGUGUGGGAAUUUGUUUUAGGUCUGUAAAUUAGUGCACGCUGAUCAACGCAGCUGGAUUAUCACCUUGUUGUGGUGAGUGGGCUUAACGUUCCUAUGACCCUUGUGAGCGAAGCUGUCAGGAGUCUCUACUCCCAGCAGGGUCACCCAAGGUGGUAAGGUGAAAGGGGAGGAGCAAGACAAAGAACGAUCCAAGAAGUCCUCAGCGGUAGAACAGGCGGAAGAUAACAAGCAGUAUGUUACAACGGCUGUGAAGAUAGAUGAAGGCUGCAGCAGAUAAGAAUCUACCGGUCGUCGUGAUUCUCAUGCCAUCGGAAUAGAGCCUUACCACGAAGGCUGUGUGUUGGUCACCGUGCACUGAUUUACAAACAUAAAACAAACUCACGUGCAGGCGUCUUCCAAAAACCCAACCCAACCCCAAAAAAUUCCCAUUGUGAUGGGCAAAUGGUAACGGGGGCAGGACUGUGAAAUCUGGAAGCCCCUAAUCAUGAACCAGCCCAUGGGCGGUGGAUACAGAUUCAGUCGCUCUGACUCAAGUUGAGUAGCUCAGCAGCUGUAUUCAUGACUGAACUAGUCCUAUUUAGGAUCCAUUCUGCUCACCCGAAAAGGGGGAGGGACUAGAAAAGGUGCCCUAAACAUAGACUGCCUCCCAUUUCCCCCUGACUGGAUUACCAUGCCCAAUGGGGUUACAACCCAGCAGUCGUAAAAGACAGUCGAAAUUUGAUCAUGGAAUAUACGGACUUUGUUGGAUAACAGAUAAUGAGUGUCUUGAAUGCAGUACUGCCAUCAUAUUGCCAUCCUUGCAAGAGAGUUGCGACGUUUUAACAUGGAUAUUGCAGUGCUUCAAGAAACUUGAAGAGCAGGAGAGGGACAAGGAAGAAAAAGGAGGCUACACAUUCUUUUGGAAAGGUCUACCUGAACAAGAACGUCAAAUACAUGGAAUAGGCUUUGCUAUCAAAAACGAUCUUGUGAAGCUCUUGUCAGAAGUCCCUACCGGCAUUAAUGAGCGACUUUCAACCCUUCGAAUAAAACUGGCCAUAUGCACCAACACUGGAUGCCGAUGAAGACAUUAAAGAAAACAAUUAUUCUCAGCUGGAUACCUUCCUAUCAGAGAUGCCUUUAGGAAGAUAAAAUUAUCUUGGGUGAUUUUAAUGCAAGAGUUGGGCGAGAUUUCGAUCUGUGGCCUGGGACUAUUGGGAAAGCAGGAAUUGGCAACAGUAACCAGAACGGAAUUUUACUUUUACUUUUGACUAUAUGUGCUAUAUUGUUCUUUCGACAAAAAAAUAAAUUUAAAACAUCAUGGAGGCAUCUUUGGUCAAACCACUGGCACCUCUUUAGACUAUGUAAUUGUCUGAGCUGAAGAUUGCUGUGAUGUGUUCCUUACCAGAGCUAUGGCGAGUGCUGACGAUUGCUAGACAGAUCACUGAUUAAUACGUACCACAAUGGCUAAGCCCCAAGGAAGGAAACCAAGGUGCAAAAUGAACACUCAAGCCGUUCAACAUCUAUUAAGUGGGAUUGCUUCCAAACGUCUCUCAAGGACCAUCUGUUUUCAGAAUUCCCUGAUAACAUUGAGGAACACUGAACCAAGCUAAAAACAUCCAUUAUUGCAGCCUGUAAACAAACUAUUGGAUACCAAACUAAGAAACACCAAGACUGAUUUGAUGAGAAUGAGAGUGAGAUUGAACACGUUAUUGACAAGAAAAGGAAGCCCUUUCAGAUCUGGCAAAGAGAUAGAAACUGCGCCACUGAGAAAAAAACCUAUGCCAACGCUAAGGCUGAGGUUCAAGGAAGAACCAGAGAACUAAAGAACACCUGGUGGAUUUAAAAAAGGUAAAGAGAUCCAGCGCUUAGCCGACACUCAGGAUGCAGAGCUUCUUUAAAGCCACAAAGACCAUCUAUGGGCCAAUAAAUCAUGGCAUAUGCCUUCUACACUCAACAGAUGGUACCACACUUCUAAAAGAUACAGAAGCUAUUGCACUCCGCUGGAAAGAACAUUACCAGCAUCUUCUUAACUGCAACUCCCCAGUAGCUUCUGAGGUCCCCAUACAAAUUCUGCAAAAACAAAUUAGAGAUGAGCUUGCAGUAUCUCCAAAUCUGGGAGAGUUGUGCACAGCUAUUAACCAAAUGAAAAACAACAAAACCAGCAGACCUGAUGGGAUACCUGUUUCAAAGUGGGCAGAAUUGAACUUGCACAACAACUUCACAAGCUCAUCAAAAAAAUCUGGGAGAGAGAGGAGAUCUCGGCAGACGUUAUGGAUGCCAAAAUUCUCAACCUUUUUAAAAAAGGUGAUAGAAUGGAUUGCAGAAACUAUUAAGGCAUCUCUUUAUUAGCUGUGGCCGGCAAAAUUCUUGCAAGUCUCUUAGCAAACUAUAUCUGAGGCUGCCCGUCCUGAAUCCAAAAAUGGUUUUCGGCCUUCUAGGGGGACAGUCAGUGGACAUGAUUUUUUCAUCGCUCAACAGCUUCAAGAAAAAUUCAGAGAGCAAAACCAACCUCUGAAUGUGUUGUUUAUUGACCUGGCUAAGGCCUUUGACACUGUAAACCGUAAUGCCCUGUAGACUGUCCUGAAAAUCGGCUGCCCAGAUAAAUUUGUGAACAUCCUUCGGCUCCUCCAGGAUAAUAUAAUGGCAACAAUCGCAGAUAACAGUGGCUCUCAAAGUGAACCAUUCACAGUGGGAUCAGGUGUUAAACAGGGUUGUGUUAUCGCCCCAACGCUAUUCAUUAUUUUCAUUGCUAUGAUCUUACACUUUUUCGAAGGGAAACUCCCCACCGGAGUAGAAAUCAUAUAUUGAACAGAUGGAAAGCUCUUUACUCUGAGCAGGCUGAAAACAAAGAGGAAGGUUACUGUAACUUCCGUCAUACAGUUGUACCUUGGUUUUUGAACAGCUUAGUUCUUGAAUGUUUUGGCUCCUGAGCACCACCAACCCGGAAGUGACUGUUUCGGUUUGUGAGCUAUUUUUGGAAGCCGAACUCUGACGGGGCUUCCGCAGCUUCCUGAGCUUCCUGUAGCCAAUCAGAAGCUGUGCUUUGGUUUCCAUGCUUUGGUUCGACUUGCAAGGUACGACUGUACAACUUCAGUAUGCUGAUGACAAUGUAGUGCGUGCACACUCAGAGGAUGACCUCCAAACUAUCCUAAAUAUCUUCGCAGAAGCUUACGAAAAGCUUGGCCUAUCGUUCAGCAUCCCAAAAACCAAAGUGCUGCACCAAUAAACACAAAACAACCCCUCUGCGGUGCCACAAAUCCAACUCAGUCGUGCAGUGUUGGAAAGUGUGGAUCACUUCUCCUACCUGGACAGUUAUUAUGCUGAAAUCCAGCAUCACCUGAGCUCUGUGAGUGCAGCUUUCUCCUGAUUGAAGUGCAGACGGGGACAUUCAAAGGGAAACCAAUAUGCUUGUUUACAAAGCUAUUCUACUACCAACCUUACUGUAUGCUUGUGAAAUAUGGACCACUUAUAAAUGCCAUCUCCAACUCCUUGAAAGAUUCCAUCAAAGGUGUCCCUGAAAAUUUUUACAUAUCACUUGGGAAAACAGGUGAACAAAUGCCAGUGUACCAGAAGAAGCAAAGAUCACCAGUGUCAAAGCAAUGAUUCUUCAACAUCAACUUCAUUGGACUGGUCAUGUUGUUUGGAUGCCUGAUUAUCGUCUUCCAAAGCAACUACUCUAUUCUGAACUUAAAAAUGGAAAGCGUAAUGCUGGUGGUCAACAAAAGAGGUUUAAAGGCUCUCUCAAGGCACAUCUUAAAAAAUGUAGUAUAAACACUGACAGUUGGGAAACACAGGCCUGCAAGCUCGAUGGAGAACAGCCUUUACCAAAGGUGUUGUAGACUUUGAAGACGCUCGAACUCAGGCGAAAGGGAGAAACGUGCUAUGAGGAAGGCACAUUUGGCAAACCCUCACCAUAAUCAACUCCUGCCUGGAAACCUAUGUCCCCACUGUGGAAGGACGUGUGGAUCCAGAGUUGGCCUCCACAGUCACCUACGGACACACAUAGUUAAAAGCGUUUUCAUGGAAGACAAUCUUACUUGGCUACGAGUGAUUGCCAAAGAAGAAGAGCUUCUUAACAUUUAUAUAUUGGCAGGCAAACUACUUGAGUAUCUAUUAUGUUUUCAUUUUGUUAAUUUGCUUUGGUUCAUCUUUUCAUCUUCAGUCAUACACGUGUCAUAAUCAGUAUGUUAUUUUACAACAAUUGUUACAGAAUAGCCUGUAUGCAAAAUCAGAGUGAGUUAUAUAAGCCUGCUCUAGAGAAUUGAAGCUUUUAUUUUCUAUCUUAUACAAUUUUAAACCCUAUUUUCUAUUCUCUUCUAAAAUGUCUUUCUAUUUAGUGGAUUUUUUUUUAAUGGGGUUACUGUAACUGUUAUACCAGUGUACAUACAGAUGUUAAGUUCCUUUUAAAUUCUUUUUUUAAUACAAACUUUUUUUUUAGUUCCAGAACUUGUACAAAAGCCUCAUGAAGGCCCUGGAGAAAUGGGGAAACCUGUUGUCAUUCCUAAAGAGGACCAAGAAAAAAUGAAGGAAAUGUUUAAAAUUAACCAGUUUAAUUUAAUGGCAAGUGAAAGGAUUGCACUCAAUAGAUCUUUACCUGAUGUCAGAUUGGAAGGGUAAGUGCAUUUACAGUGCUAUAAAGGUAUAUUUAGUUUAAAGUGGACUCUUAUUGAAUUAUCUUAUAUAAACAUUAGUGUUGGAAAGAGCAGCAUUGAAAAAGAGCCUCAGAAUUUAUUUAUACUUUCUGUAUUCUUCAGUGUGAAUGACACUUUAGCACCAAAUCAGUAUAUGAAGUAUCUUAACACUGGAAUAUUUUCCAAAUAUGAAAUUUUUGAGGGAAAAUAAACACUUUUCCUUCUCUCAGUCAGACAGGAGGAGGACUAGAAGAAUUUAGAUUAGCUUCCUACAAACCUGACUUGUUUUUGCAGGCAGACCAGAGAUCGUGUUUGAAAACAAACAGGUUAGUUUCUAAAAAGUUAGAUUAAAGUUUAUGAAGCUGGUUUGUGAAGCUGAUGAGAGUUUGAGCUUUAAACUAUCUCAGAUUUGCAUGUAACAACAUAGUAUGUUUUUUGGUGAGUGAAACUAAACUUCACACAAGUCAUAGUCCUGGAUAUGUGAAUGGAAUAGGAGAAAGAGAAGAGCCUGAAGUGCACUUUGUACCUUCCUGCUUAUGCCACUAGAGCAUGGUUUAAUAAUAAUAACAGCAACAACAAUACCCCAACCACUGUGGGUAACUUCCAGCACAUAUAAAAACAUAAUAAAACAUCAAAUGUUAAUAAAUUCCUGAUACAGGGCUGCCUUCAGAUAUCUUCUAAAAGAUGUGUAAUUCUUUAUCUCAUUGACAUCUGAUGGGAGCACGUUCCACAGAUAGGGCACCACUGCCGAGAAGGCCCUCUGUCUGGUUCCCUGUAACUUCUCGCAUUGAGGGAACCACCAGAAGGCCCUCAAGGCUGUACCUUAGUGUCUGGGCCAAAGUGAUUUAGGGCUUUAAAGGUCAGCACCAACACUUUGAAUAGUGCGUGAAAACAUACUGGGAGCCAGUAUAGAACUUUUAUGACUGGCGUUACAUGGUCCAAUCAGCCACUCCCAGUCACCUGUCUGGCAGCAGCAUUCUGGAUUAGUUGUAGUUUCUGAAUCACCUUUAAAGGUAGAGCACAUUAGUCCAAGUGGGAGAUAAAUAGAGCAUAUACCGUAUUUUUCGCCCUAUAGGACGCACUUUUUCCCCUCCAAAUUGAAGGGGAAAUGUGUGUGCGUCCUAUGGGGCGAAUGCAGGCUUUCGCUGAAGCCUGGAGAGCGAGAGGGGUCGGUGCGCACCGGCCCCUCUCGCUCUCCAGGCUUCAGGAAGCUAUCCGCAAGCUUUGCAAGCCCGGCGGGAGGUCCCGCGGGCUCGCAAGGCUUGCGGGCAGCAGCCUGCAGCCCACAAGCUCGGGGGAUAGCGGGGAGGCGGAGCGCCGCCACCCCACUAUUCCCGGACCUGGUCUGGAGGCUGGUGGGGGGGAGAAGCAAGCUUGCUUGACCCCCCGCCAGCCCCACAAGCUUGGGGGAUAGCGGGGAGGCGGAGCGCCGCCACCCUGCUAUUCCCGGGCCUGGUCUGGAGGCUGGCGGCGGGGAGAAGCAAGCUUGCUUCUCCCCCACCCCACCCGCCAGCCCCAGAAGCUCGGGGGAUAGAGGGGAGGUGGAGCGCCGCCACCCCGCUAUUCCCAGACCUGGUCUGGAGGCUGGUGGGGGGGGGAGAAGCAAGCAGAUAGGGUCUCAACCAACAUACCAGAAGGAGCUGGUAGAUAGCCGCCCUGGACAAAGAAUUAACCUGCGUCUGCAUGGACAACUGUGUGUCCAAGAUGACCCCAAGGGUACGUACCUGGUCCUUUAGGGGCACAGUUACCCCAUUCAGGACCAGGGGGUCCCCCACACCUGCCCGCUCCCUGUCCCUCAGAAACAGUACUUCUGUCUUGUCGAGAUGCAGCCUCAAUACACUGACUGCCAUCCAUCCUACAACUACCUCCAGACACUCACACAGAAUGUUCACUGGUUCCAAUUUAUAUGAGAGGUUGAGCUGGGUAUCAUUCACAUACUGGUGAACACCCAGCCCAAAUCCCCUGAUGAUCUCUCCCAGUAGUUUCAUACAGAUGUUGAAAAGCAUGGGGAGGUGAGUGCCCAGGGGUCCGAACACUCAUCUCUCAACACCACUUUCUGGACAUGCCCAGAAGGAGCAGUACCACUGCAUAACAGUGCUCCCAAUUCCCAGCCCCCCUAUAUAGUCCAGAAGGAUACCAUGGUCAAUGGUAUCAAAAGCUGCUGAGAGAUCUAGUAGAACCAGGAAACAGUUUUCACCUUUUCCCUGGCCUGCGAGAAAUCACCACCCAGUGUGACCAUGGUGGGGUCUGAGUCCGAAUUGGAAGCGAUCCAAAUGGUCUGCAUGCCUGGAGUUGUUCACCGACCACCCACUCAAUCACCUUGCCCAGGAAUGGAAGAUUUGAGACCGGGUGAUAAUUGGCCAUAAUGGCCGCCUCCAGUGAUGGUUUUUUAAGAAGUGGUUCAAUAACUACUUCCUUAGCUGGUCUGGAAAUACCUUCGCACAGAGGGAAGCAUUCACCACGCCAUGGAGACCAUUGUCCAGCCUUCCUGGCUUGCUUUUAUGAGCCAGGAUGGGCAGGGAUCAAGGAGGCAGGUGGUCCGUUUCACUUGUGCAAGCAGCCUGUCCAGAUCCUAGGAGGCAACAGGUUGAAAUUGAUCACAUACAACUUGACUUGACAGAACACUCGCACUCUCCCACCCCAGCCCUGCUACCAUGGUGGAGUCUACCUCUUUCUGAAUCUGAACAAAGUUUAUCUGCAUUAUUGUUGUUGUUAUUAUUUUGCAAAAUCAUCGCAGAACAUCUUGGGAUCCUCACCAGACCCCAAUGGCAAAGGUAGACAGAGUCUCCUGGUACUAUUUUCUGCAGAUUUAAUAGUGGCGUCAAAGAAGGUCCUCUUCGCCGUCACUAUCGCCACUUAGUAGGCGAUAGGUUAGAGCUCUAACCUGUGUUUGUUCUGAUUCAGAAAGAGUUUUUCGCCACUGGUGCUCUAGCCAUCUCAGCAAUUGUUUCAUCACCCUCAGCUCUGCAGGAAACCGUGGGUCCAUCUGGGUUCCAUGCAGUUGGAGAGGGCACUUUGGAGUCAGAUAGUUGGUAGCCCUGGUUAACAUUGCAUUCCAGCAGGCCACAAGGGAAUUGGCUGAAAGGCCAUCAGCAUGGGAUAAGACACCCCAUACCACUCUCUGGAAGCCAUUUGGAUCCAUUAAGUGGCAGGGGUGGACCAUUCAAAUCAGUCCCACCUCCCUUGAGGGGAAAGGUCACUGAGAUGUCUAGUUGUACCAGGAAGUGAUCUGACUAUGGCACUUCUUUGGUUUCACUGGAACUUAGUGUCAGAUCACCCAUGUCCAUAGACAUAAACACCAGGUCUAAGACAUGUCCACAGCUAUGUGUUGGGCCAAACGUAUUCAGGGACAGUCCCAUGGAAGCAAUGCUUUCCACUAUCCUGAGCAGCCCCUUGUAAAGUCGUGUUGGCAUGGAUGUUUAAAUCCCGUAAGACCACCAGUCUGGUGUCCCGGGGAAGUCAGUACACCAAUAGGAAUCCUGUACUGCCCCUAUUGCCCAACUUCCAGAACAUGCGCUCAGAAAACUGAGUCUCCCCAAUAGGAGGCCUGGCACAAGCUAAUGACUUCCUAAAAAUCACUGCCCCCUGCCUCCCUGCCCACAUGACCUUGGUUGCAGAACAGGCUUGUCUGCCAUGUCCAGCCAAGUGUCUGUUACACAUGCCAGGUCAGUUCCUCCAUCCACGAUCAAUUAAUGGAUGGCAGUGGUCUUGUGAAUCAUUGACAUGGCAUUGCACAGCAGCAGCUUAAGGUCAUGGGGGUCACCCUUGUUGAUACCUGUAUCCUUCUGGUCAGGACCAGACCCAGAGGCAGGGAUGGUCUUCAAACAAUGACUAAACCUGCCGCCCCGGUAGUUACAUGGUCUGGUCCUAGUGUAACUCCUUCUCCUACCUGUGAUCGCUGAGAUCGGGUGUCUGAAUGCAUUCCCUCUAGUAGAACCUGCCCCAGCCAUUCUGUUGACUGGGGCCCAGCCCUGUCCUUUCCCCCUUAAAACAAAAUAACAUAUACACCUAACUAAUGUAAAAAGGUAAACUGAAAAAAAAAGCAAGUUAAAACAGUUAAUUCCCAGGUUAGAACACUUUGAAACAACCCCCCACAAGUUGAAACUCUGUCCCCAUUAAACAGUAAGUUUCCCACAGGGGCUGGCAUAAUUUAGGGUUAUGAUUCUUCUCCACAUAUAUACACGUUUUCAAGACAAACACAUCUCCUUUCUCUAGAAUGUAUGUAUCUUCUUUAUCUAAAAUAAUAUAAAUUCAUCUACUUACUCUGACAUCUGAAAUCAAGAGUUGACAUCCAGAAAUUAACCAUUAUUUUCAGUGUCAUACUAAUUUCUUACUGUAUAGGAACCAUGAGUUAUUGAAAGCUAACCGCAAGCAUGCUAGCAUACCACUUAAGUUCAAAUAUUCAUUUCCUCUAUCUCCCAAGUGCUAUUCAAAUAAUGCUUUCUAAUUUUCCUGCAGAACUGAGACUUACUCACUUCUUGAUUUAAAUCUUAUUUAGUGGAAUAAGGUUCCAGUAACUUACUUUUUAAAAACAUCUUACCCAUAAGCAUGUCCUACAGCUCUUCCUGUAUUGAAGAAUCAUAGGUGGAAGGAACUACAGGUGAUCAAAUUGCAAUUUUUGUUUCUGUUUCUCAUUUUCCCAAACUUCAGUUUAUUUCUAUAUCAGUUUGCAAACUUUUUACAAACAUUUCUAUUGAAAACCUGUACACCUUUUUGUGUGCAUUUUCCCCAAUACACAUUUUUGCAAGAAGUUUUUGCUAAUGCAAUUUUAUACAUUGUUUUCCCUAAUCUCUGUAUUUUUGUGCAUUUUCCUGUGUUUUUUGUACACAUUUUUACAUUACAUCUUUUUCAUUGCAAAAUUGAAAACUACAGAUUCCAAAGUAUGUUUCAUUUUGUGGAUUGUUUUGAGAAGUGCAAAUUUGGUUGGUUUGCAUUAAAAUGCGAACUGAAUGAAUUUCCACAUCAACUCUAUUGUGUGGCACAGCCCAACCCUGUUGGAAGCUUCUAUGAACUUUUAUGCCAAGAGUGUUUUAACUAGAUGUAUCAUGAAAUUAGGUGGAGUCAAGCCUGAGCAGAAUCCCAGAUUGUUUUGCUUAUAAUUCUAGAAGUCUAGAAAAGUAUCUUGUGAUGUGUUCCUGCCUUGUCCAUGAAUGUUGCAAGUACCACAGUUUGUGUUUGAAGGACUAUUUGCAGUAGGAAAGAGAACUCACAUGUGCUGAGACUUCAUCAGUUGUGUCUACUCAUGAAGAGAACUAUAUUGAUAGCCUAUGAAGUAUUGGUCCUGCUGCUAGUUAAUAUGUGGUAUUGAAUCACACUGCCACGAUCUCUGCCAUGCUGGUGAUACAACAAAUAUUUUCAGCUAUUUAGCCAUGCAGGUUAAGGAUGGCUAAACAAAAACUGUUUUCCUACAUAAAUACAAUUUAUAAAAUAUGUGUAUUUGUGACUUCAUCGUCUCUGGAGGGAAUGAUCUUGAUCUGUUGCCAGUGUUGCUAAGAGUCAGUGUGCCUCAGCAAUACCCUGCAACCAGGGAAGAGGCGAGAACAAGCAGGAACUGUCCAGCCCUCCCUUCUCAUUAGAACAGAUGGUAGACAGUCCUUGCUUCCUUUUUCAGGAAUCCAACACAUGGAACUUGCUUACAUAUGUUGAGUGUAAUUGAUGAUGGAAAAUUUUAGACCUUAGAAACUAGACGAGUAGGAUUACAUGCUGUUGGCUUAAUAGCAUAUGCAUAUUUUAUAGUAACUUGAAAAUUGCAAUCAAGUACAUGGGUUCCCAAAUUGUGGUCCUUGGACCACCUGUGGUCCACAAACUGCAUUUGGGAUGUUUGAAAUAUCAUGCAAUAUAUAUAGCAUAGCAUACUACAAUUGCUGCAGCAGGCAGAGAAAUAAUAAAGUGGUCUGCUAAGUCCAUGAACAAUUUUUAAAUCUGUGGGGGAAAGUUUGGGAACCACUGAUCUAGAACUCCACAAAUAAUCAUUAUGCACUUGCUGAAGCUCUGGUCAUAAUAAAUCUUAUAUUAAAAACUUUGAUACUGCAUGAGAGUUAAUGUUAGUAAAAUGAUAUCUAGUGUGUUUGUUCCUGAGUUUGUUUUAGUAGUAGCAGAGAACGUAUCACGUUGCGUAUUCAGAAGAGUUCUAGAUCUUUAAUUAUUUUCCACAAUAGCUGUAGUACCUCAACCUUUUGUUUCAGUAAAUAAGUUUUCAAGGUUUUGUUUUUAGGUACCAAUUAAUUUCAUAGCUAAAUUAUUUUUAUACUUUCCAUGAUGCUUUUAACAAAAAAGUAAGGGAUUAUAUCCAGUGCUGUGCCAGUGGGUUGUGUUGAUGCAAUGUGACUUUGGGGGCACAGAGAAGGAGAGGAAAUCAAAAUUUGCUCCAGAGCAUCCUCCAAUCCUGAAACUGAUUCUGAGGGUGUUUGGGAAGCUUGAGAGGAAGAGAAAGUUCCAUUGGGCACAUGGAAGUCCCUUGUGUUAGCAGAGCUGCAGUGUUGGAUACAAUGCAAGGUAAUCACUUCAGCUUAGUCCUCAAGAACAUGGAGUUCCUCUGUUUUCUGUAUUGUGGAAAACAAAACAGUUGUAUAAAAGUGAUGUCCCUGCAAGUUGUUUGCAUGGGGGAAAACCCUGUAGUAAAACUGUAGCAUCCUCAUCCGUUUAGGAAAAAGACAAGCAAAGCAUUUUUAAUAUCUACUAAACAAUAAGCACUAGAAAAAGAAAAGGAAGACAGUGGUUGACCAUAUAGCUAAUUUGUAGUGAUCUACCUUUGCAAGAUGCCAAAAGCUUGUACCUCAUUCCUGCGUAUAAUCAACAAAUCCAGUCUUCAGCUGUUUGCAGUGGGAGUUUCUUUAUCAAGUUGUAAGAUCAAAUCAGAUUGAAUGGAGAUUUUACUGCCUGGAUUGAGCUAAUAUAUGCUGACCCAAAUGCUUGCAUCUUCAUGAAUGGAACAAGUUUUGACCCAUUCCAAAUGAAUACAGGAACCCAAUAAGGAUGCACUUUGUCAUGAUUAGUUUUUGCAUUGUCUGUAGACUCAUUAGCGGAAGCUUUUAGACUAGAUAGAACAAUUAAGAGAGUAACAAUAGGGAGAGAAGAAUCAACAUUAAUCUUUAUGCAAAUAAUGUAGCAGUGAUUGAUUGCAAGAGAUCCAGAAAAAAAUCAUUUGAGAUUGUACUUAUGUUAAUUAAUGAAUUUAGCAUGGCAUAUGGAUAUAAGACUAAUUCAACAAAAUCUGAACAUUGAAUUUGUGAGGGCUUGAAUAUGAAUAAACAGGUUAGAAUAGCACCCUAAGUUUCCAUAGAGAAACUUACUAAUUAAAUAUCUGGGAAUAUAUUAAAAAUGCAAAAUUUAGGAGAUGUAGUAAGUAUGCUUGCCCUUUCCAGCCACAGCAGUGUUGGGGGCCAUUGCCACCCUCCCAACACAAUCCAGUGGCAGGGUGCCUUUUGGCAGCAGUUGCUGGCCUUUGGAGGCUUGCAGCCUACCUUGACAGCCUUGGCUGUGGAUACAAGGCUGCCCGCAAAUUGGCCUAUUGCAGGCAGGCUAGGGGGCUGCCCGAGACCGAGGGACAGGCCCAGCUGAGCCUGCAGGCUUUGCUUGGAUCUGUUCCUGGAGUAUAUAAGAAGGGUUGCCCCUGCCCCUUGUCCACUUGUUGCCAGAUCUCCCACCCCUCCUCUCCUUGUGUUCUGCUCUGUGCUUGACCUUGCUAUGGACAUCAUCGGUCAUUGUAUUUGAGGCCGGGCAAGAAUUUCCCAUCCAGCAAAUUGGCUAUCUCCUAGUGGUUUUGCCUCCCUCGUAACAAUCUUUACAACUUUGGCGGUUUAGACAUUGGGUAAGUCUUGGUCAGAGGGGAGGUUGUAACCUUUGCAUGCCCCUCUGAAGGAAAGGGAUAUCCUGUUAAAGGAAGCUGAAUGGAGCUGCUUUGGUCCAGAUUCCCAGGUGGGGGCUAGUGCCAUAGCACUCCAGUCCCGUGGGGGGUGUGUGUUUCCUAUUUAAUGUAAGUCAUAGGUCCUGCCCCCCUUCUGGAUUGCUUUACUUCCUUGGCGUGCAAAGUAUAUUCGUGACAGAUUAGUUGUGGAGAUAAGAAAGAAAUAGUCCAUUGGACCCAAAUGGAAAUUUCAUGGAUGGGCAAAAUAGUGGCUAUUAAAAUGUUGGUGCUUCCAGAGAUGCUUUCGUUUAAAUUUUCCAUUAGGAAUAAAUUAUAAAAUAAUUACUAGCUGGCAGUAUUAUGUUUGGGUUAAGAAAAAAGCUCAAAAGUUGUUGCAAAAAUGAUCAAAUUUUAAGAAUGGUAGACUAGCCUUCCCUUCUUUAAGUAAAUAAUAUGUUGCACUUGUGCUUACAAAUUUACCACAAUGGGGCCACCCAGACAGAUCUAUCAUAUUAGAACAAUUCAUUGUUUCAGCAGAAUUUUUUAAAAAGACUGACACUACACAAAAUUUGAUAAGGGUAUUAAAUUAAAUCCAUGCACCAAAUCUUUAUGAGAUCUUUGAAGUAUAUAUAAACAUAUAUCAAGUCCAGAACUAUCACUUCUCACAGAACUUUAACAUAAUGAAGAAAUAUAGGAAGAUAUUUUUUUGGGGGGGGGUAUAAUAUUAAUUUAUGAAAGAUUCAUGGACAUUUUGAACAUAGAAAGUUAUUUAAAGAGGGUACUGUUAAAACUUGCAAUCAGAUUGUUAAUGAUAUACAACAAAAUUAUCCUCUCUUUUAUCAAUACUUGCAGUUUAGAAAUAUAGCCAAUACCUUAUUGGUAAGACAUGGGCAGUUUAGAGAAAGGAUAAAGGUAAAAAAAGGUAAAGGUACCCCUGCCCGUACGGGCCAGUCGUGUCCGACUCUAGGGUUGUGCGCUCAUCUCACUUAAGAGGCCGGGAGCCAGCGCUGUCCGAAGACACUUCCGGGUCACGUGGCCAGCGUGACGAAGCUGCUCUGGCGAGCCAGCACCAGCACAGCACACGGAAACGCUGUUUACCUUCCCGCUAUAAAGCGGUACCUAUUUAUCUACUUGCACUUAGGGGUGCUUUCGAACUGCUAGGUGGGCAGGAGCUGGGACCGAGCGACGGGAGCUCACCCCGCCGCGGGGAUUCGAACCGCUGACCAUAUGAUCGGCAAGUCCUAGGUUUUACCCACAGCGCCACCCGCGUCCCGCUAGAGAAAGGAUAGAAUUUGUAAAUUUGAUGAGAGGAAACUCAUAAAAUUUACUAAGCAAAUUAUACAAAAUCAUUAAGAUUAUUUAUAUAACACUUAAUACAGGCAACCCCCAAUUUGCCUGGGUGUUGCGUUCCUGGCACUCCCCGUGCAUCGGGAGAGCAUUCAUAAGCCCAUUUUGUUCUGUCCUUUUCUGGGUCCAAAAUUAUCUAUGUGUUGGCUGCCGUGCGUCAAUUGAACAGACGCUAAAUGGUCUCUACCUGUACUUCUCAAAGUAAAUGGUAGGGAGACGUGGGACAUGAGAUGUUACUGGGUCAGAGGAAUUAGAUUUGGCAAAAUGUCCCUUAUACAAUCAGCUCAAGACCUAAAGCAAGUUUUUAUACAUUCGUCUUUUGUUUAUUUAAUACCAUUAUGACCCAGUCAUAUCUAUGAUGCAAGUAAUUUAUAUUGGAGAUGUAAGGCAGCUGAUGCUGGAAUGUUAAGUACUGUAUUUUUCCGUAUAUAAGAUGCCCCCAUGUAUAAGACGACCCCUAUUUUUUAAAAAACUCAAAAUUAAGGAAUUAAGUUGUUUAGCUUUUUUGGGGGGUGGGGGAGGUCACUUCCGCCAAUUGCUCACUCACCUGCCUGCCACUGCUGAUCGCUUGCCACAGCCACUGCCGAUCGCACAUCUUGUCACAGCUGCCAAUUGUCUGCCCACUCACUGCCACCAACAGCCCACCCACCCACCUGCCACGGCUGCCAAUUGCCUUCCCACCUCGCCACAGCCACCAGUCACCUGUCCAAUUACCAUAGCCACAGCUAAUCGCCAACAGGCCUUGUUGCAGCCACUAAUCACCUGCCCAGUUGCUGCUGCCAUUAAUCACACAUCUCCCCUCUGCAUUCACUAUCCGUGUAUAAGACGACACCCAAUUUUUGCCUAUUUUUUAAGCAAAAAGCACCGUCUUAUACACGGACAAAUACGGUGUAUUUUGGACUUGCUCUAAGAUUGUGAAAUCUUCAGCUGGCAUAGUAAAAGUUAUUGAAGUGAUAAUAGUGUCUGCCAAUGGAUCCUUUAAUUAUUUGGGCUAACAAAGCAUCAAAUAUUAUUGGAAGUAGGGAAUUCAGAGUUUAUUGACAGUUGCUAGACAGAUCAUCUGUUGUAUUUGGGAAAAAGUGAGCACUGGAGGAAAAAUUAUGGGAUAUUCUGAAUAUGGUUUAAUUGAUAAAUAUUGGAAGAGUCAAAGAAGGAAGACAAUCUGAUCUCUUUGUGGAAAAAUUGAGUGCAUUUAUUGGUUAGUAGUAUAAUAAGGUACAAGAGAAUGCAAAUCCAAUUAGAUGAUUGGGCAUGCUAUGAGCCAGUUUCAACAAGACUAAAAAUUGUAUAUCCAUGAUGGUGUAUUUUUAUGUAUAUUCUAUUUUUAUCUUUGCUUUUACACUGUGUGUGUGUGAUAUUCUUGGUGUAUCUUUGAAGUAAAGGGUACAGCAAGAAAGGUAAGAUUUAUUUUUAAAAACUUGUAUUUCCCCCCUUACCUUCAUGGAUUACUGUGGCAUUGCUACCCUUGUCCAGGUACAGCUGUAGCUAGCAAACUAGCCAAAGUUGAAAAUAGGUCACUAACACUACUUGGGGAAUCAGUGACAAUACUGAAUCAAGUACAGUGGUACCUCGGGUUAAGAACUUAAUUCGUUCUGGAGGUCUGUUCUUAACCUGAAACUGUUCUUAACCUGAAGCACCACUUUAGCUAAUGGGACCUCCUGCUGCCGCUGCGCCGCCGCUGCAUGAUUUCUGUUCUCAUCCUGAAGCAAAGUUCUUAACCUGAGAUAAUAUUUCUGGGUUAGCGGAGUCUAUAACAUGAAGCGUAUGUAACCCAGGGUACCACUGUACCCAAGUUAUGUACAUGUUCCUUCAAGGAGAUUGCGACACUUUCCAAAACUGGCUGUCUACCCAAUUCUUACACCCCAAAUUUCUCACCCACAGCAACACCAUCCUGUCAUGAUUCAGCCUCAGUUUCUCACAGAACUCUGCCCAAGGGACUUCAUGCCAUUUGUAGACCAGGCAGAAUUCAAUUUGCACAUUUCUAUGCUUCAGUUUCAGCUGCUUUCCCCAUUUUGUGUGUGAUAUGAAGCAAUUCAAGGCUUCAUCUCUUUGUCUUGCCCUCUUCUUCUGGGACUUGUACAAAGCUGACUGCAGCCCUAGUUGUGUGCCUAGGAACCAAGAGGCUCCAUGCAUAUUCAUAGUUGGGCAUUUUUCUGGUUAGAGCUCCAGUGAAGGUCAAGGGAAUUAAGGACACUGCUUUCAAUUGUCUAGUCUGCCAUGGUUUCCUCAUCAAGUAAAAAAAUUUGCUGCUUCAUGUUUUGACUACUACACAGUUUUAAAAGAAUCAGCUUUCUACUGCAGUGGAGAAUGAUAAUAUAUUUAGUAUUCAGACAGACUGGCUCAACUGCCAGAAGAAAGAUUGGAAGAAUGGACUCCACCAAGAGGUUUUCAGGGUGAUCAUAAACAGAUGGGGUGCUUGAGUAAACAACCAGGUUUUAAGAACCAGAAGUGCCUGAUGCUUUAUUGGUUCUGUGGUCAAAAGGGCUGCUUGUUUUCUUUCCCCUGUUUUCCAAGUGUCCUCCUUAAGGUGAGAACACUGGGGAUGGAGGUGAUUCUGUUGGCUUCACGAUAGCCACAGAGACCUUGGUGUUCAGAUCUUGCAGAGCUGGAAAGAGGUUGCUCCUCUGCAGUGAUACAGAUAUGUUGGCCUUACUUUGUGCAUCCACAAGUAAGGUUCUCCAACACUAGCACAAAUGGCAACCAGUUAUUCCCUCCUUUGCUUCUAUCAUAGAUGGCUUUUAUCUAGGGUGUCUUAGAUCAAGGGCUCUGACCCAAGUCUUAAAAGGCAUGUCAGACAUCUUUAUAAGCAGCACUCAUGGCAGUUGCUCAACAUUCCAUAUAUGCUUGGCUCAAAAAAUUUGGCAACCCCUAUUGUAGGAGGGCAGGCAGACCAUCCUUGAGUUCAGUUCCAGUGAGUACAAGGUUCAUAGCCAGAGUAGAUCAAGGUUUCCAUAAGAAACCCCUCUGUUCUGCCUUCUGACACCUUACUUUAUUCCAUCUCCUAAUUCCCUGAUUGGCUAUUUGCUCCUGCUUUAGUAAUUGUCCUUUGUGUCCAGGGCUUUUUUUCAGCUGGAACAUCACCAUAACUUAGCUCUGGCACCUCUCCAGUGGGCGCCAUUGCCAUUAUAAGAGAACAAGGGAUGUGUUUAUGGUGACUUCCAGCACCUCUUUUUCUAGAAAAAUGGCACUGUUUUGUGCCUCAUGUUGCUGGAGGAUACUGAAGUAAAAGCCUUGACUCUGAGAGUGUUCUUUCUACAUAGGUCACAAAGUCUUUGACUCUGCCUUUUAAAGUAUUUUUAUAUUGUUUGGGUGUUAUAUAUUUUGUAUUAUGAAUUGCAGGCGUUUAUUUGAUGUAAACUUAUGUGAGUAAUAGGAACCAAUUAGAAAGGCAGGAUAAAUGCUGCCUGGUCUAUAAACACAAACAGUAAGGAACUUCAUGGUAAGUUCAACUUUUCCGAUUCCAGUAUUGCUGGAUCAGGUGCAUACAAAGCACUGUGAAUGGAAUUUUGUCAGCCUAAUUUAACAGCUGGGGCUAUAAGUGCAUAGGCUUAUCAAAUAAGUGGCAGUCAAUGAAAUCAACUAUUGCAGGAGGCAACCCUCCACUCCCCCUUCUCACAAAUCAUGGCAAGCAAGGUAUUUCUGAGCCCAAUUCUAGUGCUGGUUUUCAUCUUUUAUAAACUCCUAAUUGUUUGGGUCUUGAUUAUCUCAGAAUAACUGCUCCUUCUGACCUGUUGCCCCCAAAGAUGGGGACAGGCUGCUUGCUAGUGUAACCAGUGAAACAUGCCACUUGUCUUCUUGACACUUGCCUGUCCUGGUUCAUAAUAGUGAGCAAGACAGGGCUGGGCAAUGGGAUGUGUGUGUGUGUGGGGGGGUGUUAAUUCCUCCCUCUAUAAGAGAGUCUUCCCAGAACCCCUUAAAGAGCCGGUUAUUAAAACACUUCUUUUAAAAAGCCAUUUAUGGACCUGGCCACUAUAGCCAGUCAUCACCCAGUCUCAAAUCUUCCAUUCCUGGGCAAGGUGAUUGAGCGAGUGGUUGUGGAAUAAUUCCAAGCAUGUCUGGAGGAUGAAGCCCAUUUGGACCCCACCCUGGGACUGAAAUUGCCCUGGUCACACUGGUUGAUGAUCUCUUGCAGGCCAGGGAAAGAGGUGAAAACUUUCCUGGUUCUGCUGGAUCUCUCAGCAACUAUUGACACCAUUGGCCAUGGUAUCCUUCUGGACCAUAUAGGUCUAGUGGUACUGCUCCUUCUGGGCCGUAUCCAGAAAGUGAUGUUGGGAGAUGAGUGUUCGGACCCCUGGGCACUUACCUCCCCAUGCUUUUCAACAUCUGUAUGAAACUACUGGGAGAGAUCAUCAGGGGAUUUGAGCUGGGUGUUCACCAGUAUGUGAAUGAUACCCAGCUCUACCUCUCAUAACUGAAGGCAGUGAACAUCCUGUGUGAGUGUCUGGAGGUAGUUGUAGGAUGGAUGGCAGUCAGUGGAUUGAGGCUUCAUCUCGACAAGACAGAAGUACUGUUUCUGAGGGACAGGGAGCGGGCAGCUUUGUUCUGCAUGAUGUUUUUAUCUGAUCUGCAAGCCUUUCCAAUCUCAACUCAGACUGAAUCUAGGUAAAAAGGAUCAUCUCACCUACAAAAGGGGCAGAAUCUACCAAGAGAUGAAAGAUGAUUCAGGUGAAGGGAGAGAUUCAGGCAUCUUUUGAAAAGAUACAAAAGUACUAAUUAUCUCCCAUGUUCAGUGGGUGGUGUGGGGGACUCCAUGGUCCUGAAUGGGGUAACUGUGGCAUUGUAGGACCAGGAGAGCACCCUGGGAGUCAUUUUGGACUCACAGCUGCCCAUGGAGGCACAGGUCAAUUCUGUGUCCAGGGCAGGUAUCUACCAGCCCCAUCUGGCAUGUUGGCUGAGACCCUAUCUGCCGGUGCCCUGUCUCACCAGAGUGGUAUAUGCUCUAGUUAUCUCCCACUUGAACUACUGCAAUGUGCUCUACCUUUGAAAGUGACUCAGAAUCUACAACUAAUCCAGAAUGCUGCUGCCAGACAGGUGACUGGGAGUGGCUGCUGGGACCAUGUAACACCGGUCAUGAAAGAUCUACACUGGCUCCCAGUAUGUUUCCGAGCACUAUUUAAAGUGUAGGUGCUGACCUUUAAAGCCCUAAAUGGCUUUGGCCCUGCAUACCUGAAGGAGCAUCUUCUGGAGACAUCUGAAGGCAGCCCUGUAUCAGGAAGUUUUUAAUAUCUGAUGUGUGUUUGUAUUUGUAAAUUCUGUUGGAAGCCAUCUAGAGUAGCUGCGGUGGCCUAGUCAGAUGGGCAGGGUACAAAAUAAAUCACCAUCAUCUACUAACAAAGCUGUGCUAAAGAUCACAUGUGAAGGCUUGAUUAAUCUUUGCAAGAAAUGGCGCCUUCUCUGUUGCUGACCUGGUAUGUUUUUAUAUCCACCCUUAGAUUUGUAUGACUAUCUUUUCUUUCUUUCUUGAGGCAGGUUAAAAGCUUUUCUUUUCUGUUCCUCCUUUGGUAGUUGAAUUGUUUGAUUCUGCUGUUCAUAUCUGAUAGGUUUUUUUGUUCUUUGGUUUAUAUUUUCAUUUUAAAGUUGAAAAGCAGUACAAAAAGUUAUGAAAAUCACCUGCUCAGCAACACUUGUCACUUGAGUGCUGCCCAUACUCUUAGAUCAGGGUAUGUAAAACUCGCUUGGAGACACAUCUUGUUUUUAACUUGUGCGUGGAUAUACAACUCUAUUUUGGACUUUUCACAUACAUUAAAUUAGUUAUGUAUGGAUUGUAUUUUUAUUUAGAUGUAUGAACAAGGUCUUGCAUCUUGAUUAAUACCCAUUAUGUUUCUAAGACUGUCUACCUACUGAGCAUAUGUGCCUUUAAAAAGUUAAUUGCUAUUGUGAAACAAUGGAAUGAACUAUUUUUUUGUAAUUAGCAUAAUUAUUAAGCACGUUGAUCUGAUCUAGUAAAAGUAAUGUUUUGAAAAUACUUUGACGAAGUAUUUUUUUGUCUGGUCUAAUGUGCACAUCUAGUCCUUAACUUUAAAUCUUGAUUUCUUGCAUUCAGAGCUAUUUAAUUUAAUUUGGAAUUCCAUGUAAAAAAUGAAGAAUAUUAUCCCACUAGUGAUUAUGUAAUAUAUUUUCAGUUGUAUGAAUUGGGUGAUCUUUUGGAAGUUUUCUGAAGUCUCAACAGUGGAAAAGGUUUUGAUGGAUGGUUUUGAUCUUUGGAUGCCAGAUUUUGUCUUGUCCACAACCCCAAAGUUGAAUGCAUCUGUGGCUUGAGGUUUAUUCCAUUGGUAGGGUGUUAUCCUCUCCCCAGUCUUGAUGUGCAUUCAUUCAAAAAUUCAUGCUUAUUUCUCUUGUGUGCUCUCUUUUCCAUGACUACUGUAUGCUUUUAGAUAAUAUUUUAGGUAAUUCUGGGAAAGGUAAAGCAGCUUUAACACCAAAAGUGUCCAUUUUGGCCCACAAUAAAAAUUCAAAAAUUCAUUAGGGCAAUAGCUUUACGAGACCAACCAAAAUGUCAUAAAGUGUGUACUUUGAUAACCUCUGUGGAGGUAAUGUAUUAGUAAGAAGGAUGAUAGGAACAUCACCUCCAAUGUUUAGAGUUAUGGUUGCUCAAGACCCUCACAAGGUUCGGCUUUGAACUAGAUUUUUAGUAGGUUUCACAAUAAGGAGUGCUAUUUUUCUAGAAAAAGAGGUGCCGGAACUCAUCAUGAAUGCCUGCCUUGUUCUCUUACAAUGACAAUGGCGCCUACUUGAGACGUGUCGGAACUGAGUUCCAGUGAGUUCUGGCUGAAAAAAAGCCCUGACAAUAAAAUCAGCCUCCAACAUUCCUAGUUGAUCGCAAGCAAAGGAGGUGCUAAUACGUCAGUCCACUGUGCUUCUUGUUCUUUCUAGGAACUUCUGUCCUAGAGGAGAAUUGGAGACUCUUAAGAGUUGCUUCUCUUAAAUACACAGCAAUACUCCAUGUUUGGAGCCCAUGACAGAAUUGACCUAGGAUUUUCUUUAGGCACUUACAUUUUAAAAGUGGAUUUUCCUGGAAAAAAAACAGAAGUCUAAAUCUUUUUUAUUUUUCUUCUCAAAAGUAACUAACUUUACAUAUCCUAGAUUUGUAACAUCUUUUACUAAUACAUACAGUCUGGUAUUUCAGCCUUCAUCUAGUUAACAUGUAAAAUAAUUUUAUAUGGCAAAGAACAGAAUUUUAAGUUUUUCACCAGAAAGCUCUCUUGGGGGGCAGCUGGCUUAUGCCAUAAGCACCAGAAAAUCUUCAGAACUUUCUUUAUAUGAAUUCUGCUUGAAUCUCUAACCACAAUGGUUUUAAGGACCAUUUUGGAUUUUGUUUCUAGGGUCUAAAGAAGAUUUCUACUUGAAUCAUGAGAUAUUGCAACUUUCUUAUAUCAGAAGAGAGGAAAAUUUCAUUCUCUUGAUGUCAGGUAAAUUAUGAAAUAACUGUUAAGGUCAGACUUGAACUUGACUACAAACCAGUGUGUGGAUGCUGAAAAGAUUUAGUAUACAUAGGCUACUAGAUGGAGUAGUGUCUCUUGGAGACUUAACACACAAAUUCCUAUCGAUUUUCAUAAAAGUAUUGCUGUUUAGCCCUGCUGUUUCUUCAGGAAAUGUUCCGCUAUGCAUUUGUCUUGUGCCUGUUUUCCGAACCAUUGGCAAUUAAGUUCAUUGUUAUCAUCCUGCCUGUUGGGUUGGAUUACAAAACAGGCGUUCAAGCUUGAUAUAUCCUGUAUGGAACAAAAUCUCGCUUCAUGUCUUUUAGAUGCAGUCCUGUGCCCAUUUAUAUGGGAUAAUGUCUCACUUACUUUAUUGUGACUUAUUUUGAGUAGAUACGUAUUAACAAGGGUGCCAACUUGAAUGAAAUAUUGUGGGGGCCCAGGUAAGCCCCACCCCACAAUCGAUCACAUGACAUGACACACUAACAACAUUUGAAUAGCAAUGCCCAUCAACCUUGGGGGGCCCUGGCCCCUUCAAAUAUUUUAUUUGUGGGCCAAAGCCCACUUGGCCCCUAGGAGUUGCCUCCUAUGAUGUAUAUAAGAUUGUGCUGUACAUCUAUAAAACAUACCUUGGGGAGUGUGUGUGUGUGUGUGUGUGUAUGUGUGAUGUAUUUCCUGCAGUACUUUUUCCAUUUGUGGCAUUUUUGAACUAUUUUGAACCAGUGACAUGCUUGGCCUCGUCUGAGGGUUGCCUAGAAUUAUUAGCAGUUUUGACCAGUUCUGCUUCCGAUAAUCCAUGGUAAUCACAAUUGAUGAACUUUACCUGUUUGUGGCUACAUAGAAUGUAAUCAGUUGAGUAUUGGUUGAUUAGCCACUAGGGUAUCUUUAGACUUGAAAUGUCUUAUUGGACUGUCUAAUUGGAUGUCAGUGGUCCUUUGUUAACCUUAUUCUGCUGUUAACAUAGAGCCAGCUCAAGACCCUGGGUCUUUGAAGACUGCUGUAGAAUAUUUUAUUGUGUUUUAGGUGAUCUACAUAGACAUUUCCUCCUAGAUUAAGAAUCUUAUACAGUGGUACCUUGGUUCUCGAACUGAAUCCAUUCUGGGAGUCCGUUCGACUCCUGGAACCAUUUGAAAACCAAGGCGCGGCUUCUGAUUGGCUGCAGGAGCUUCCUGCACUCAAGCGGAAGCUGCGUUGGAUGUUGAGCUUCCAAAAAACCUUCGCAAAACGGAACACUUACUUUCGGGUUUGCGGUGUUCGGGAGCCGAUUUUUUCAGCAACUAAGCCGUUCCGGAAUCAAGGUUUGACUGUACCUCUGCUUCACAGCUAGGUGGCUUUAAAUAUAUUUUAUAACUAUGAUUUGGGACGCGGGUGGCGCUGUGGGUAAAACCUCAGUGCCUAGGACUUGCUGAUCGUAAGGUCGGCGGUUCGAAUCCCCGCGGCGGGGUGAGCUCCCGUCGUUCGGUCCCAGCUCCUGCCCACCUAGCAGUUCGAAAGCACCCCUAAGUGCAAGUAGAUAAAUAGGUACCGCUUUAUAGCGGGAAGGUAAACGGCAUUUCUGUGUGCAGCACUGGUGCUGGCUCGGCAGUUGCAGCUUCGUCACACUGGCCAUGUGACCCGGAAGUGUCUUUGGACGGCGCCGCCUCUCGGCCUCUUGAGCGAGAUGAGCGCGCAACCCUAGAGUCGGUAACGACUGGCCCGUAUGGGCAGGGGUACCUUUACCUUUACCUUUAUAACUAUGAUAAUAAAGCAGGUUAGUGUUGCUGCAGGCACUAAAGGAGCUUCAGAAGUUUUCUCAUACAGCCAAAAGAGCCUGCUGUAUGGAAGCCCUUUUCCAUGUCUCAACAUUACUUGUGACUUGGAAUUUCAAUGGUUCUCAUGAAUAUCCUAUCAAAUCUGUUUUUGUAAAGGUCUGUCUUGGUCAGCCAGGCAGCAGCUUCAUUUGUCUUGCCUUGCUGUUGGGAGGGGAUUUCAACUUCUGUGUGUGUAGCUACCAUGCGUUGUAUAUUUUAAUCUAUUCAAUAUUUUUUGGCUAAUAGGAUGCAUUCCCACAUUUACCUUAGUCAAUAGAAACAAUAGGCAAAGUAUCAAAAUAUCAAGGACUGCCUUUCAUGCUUUGACAUAUUGUAAUCUAUUCUGCUUUACCAGUUCUCAAUCCUGACUCAAUCAGUUCUUCACUUCUAGCAGAAAAAACAGAAAAAAACACAGCUCUCUGCUUGAUGCACAGAUUCACCAAUUUCCUUUUCUUGUGGGGAGUUUGAAAAUACCCUUUCCUUUGAGUUUCUAUCCAAAUUUGAAGGCUGCUUACCUUUCCUACUGAAAUUGUGGCUUUCUUUUUAAUAAUAACUGUAAGUAACAGAACUUUGAAAUAAGUGUCAGUAUGUCUUAAAGCAGGGCAACUAGUGUAGUACUCAAUUCCUUUAAUUUUAAACCAUUUUGUUACUAGUUUGCUACUUUAAUAGAAUAUUCCAUAUUCCUAAAUAUACUGAAAAGAUUACAUUCUAACUGUUGGUGAUAGCUUCUCUUUAUUAGAUUGUAAGUUUUUUUCCACUUGAAUGAGAACGUCCUCUCCUUUCCGAGUUGUCAAAGCUACUUGAUGUUUUGUGACAUGUAAGUUAGUUUAACUGGUUAAAAGCCAAACAGUUUAAUAUUCCUUGUAAGGAGCUUCCAGGCUCACUAACAAAAAGACUUUCUUGUUAGCAAACAAAUUGUGAUCCUCUUUUGCAUUUGAUGGAUACUGGGGUUUUUGAGGUGCACCUCCCUACCAGGGGGAACUGUUGUCUCAUGAGACUGGGAGAAUAGGCUUCUAGGAUAAGUAGUACAUUUGAAACUGGACAGGAAGGAAGCUGUUUGCAUAUUCUUGGGGUCUUACACUGUUUUCAUAGGAGUAAUAGGAGCGGCUAUAUUCCAUGCUAAUGGAGGAGACCUGAGGUGCAUUUGCUGCUUUCUUGUGUGGGGUAUCUAAAACUCAGCUUAAUAUACCUUCAUAGAGAAAAAGGAGAACCUUUUGGAUCAAGGCACUAAGAAUGUACUUAGUGUGGCAGACGAAUACAGUUCUUUAGAAAUACCAGCAUCCUGAAAGCACUUCUCUAGGAUGGGGUAGCAUUACAGAUAUUGGGAAACCCCAUUGUUAGAAUAACAUUUGAGAUACUGGUCUGCCUCCUUCAAGACUGUUUCUGCCUCUUGUGUAUGUAGAGCUUGAUCCAGUACUUUGCAAGUUGUAGUUCUGUUCUGAUUAGCUGUUAUUGGGCCAGAGUUUCUGAUACGAUGGUUCACUCAGUGCUUGGAGCAUUGAUGGUGGCGAGGUCACCAAUGGCAUCUUCAGCUAGUCUCUGAUUAAUUAUAAAGGAUUACUCUUUGCAAUCUUUAACCAUAACCUGGAAAUCCUCUUCAUGUGUAAGAACUAUUUUAAUUGAGCAGUAGACCUGUCAGGAAAUUCAUUCUGCAUCCAGACAUUCUGUUCUGCAUGAAGCAUGUUUCACACAGCUAAUUGUACCCAUAAUUUUCUUGUUCAUUCAUUGAUGACCUAUGAAAGUUAAUGCUAUUACCAGCCUUCUUGCUUCAGUGUUUCAGUUGAAGUAGUCAAUUGAAAUGGCUAGUGUAGCAUGGGUCAAAGGGCAUUUUUACAGGUGAGUUCUGAAUGCAUCAGUGAACAAGGGCCUAUUUGCAAAAAGCUUGGGGAAAGGGCCUUUUCAGGGAUGACAACCCAUUGAUGAAACACUGUCCCCAGGGAAGUUCUCCUUGUCCCUACCUUAUAUUUUUUAAUAUAAAGAGAAUAUUAGAGAAUAUUUUUUUUAUUCAAAUGUAAUAAUAAAGGGUUCAUUUAUUACUGCUUUGCUUUAUUUGUGUUUUGUCUUAGGUGUAAGACAAAAGUAUAUCCAGAUAACCUUCCUACAACAAGUGUUGUAAUUGUCUUUCACAAUGAAGCUUGGAGUACUCUCUUGCGAACUGUACAUAGUGUCAUCAACCGGUCACCGCGACACAUGCUGGAAGAAAUUAUUCUGGUAGAUGAUGCUAGUGAAAGAGGUAAGAUUGCAUAAGGUGCAGUUUGGGCAUAUUGCAUGAAUUCAAAAAACUGAGUAGCAAACAAAAAUGAAAUGCCGGUUGCUGAUAUGCCUGUAGUUACUGGACAGAUUAGAGCAGUUUUCAUCAGGUGAAAAUGAAAUGCCUGUUUUGAUAGGUAGAGUGUAAAUAUUUAUAUUUGAGAAAGCCUUCUUUAAGUCAGAUGCAUCUGGUAGAGGAAUUGAUUCAAGUUAUAGAUAGCAAUGGGGAAGUGCGGUGUUGCAGAACACUUUGUGCAUAACUUUGCAGGUCUGCAAACCCCAUUUUGGCUGGGCCAGGCCUUUUUUACUUUCCCUAAACCUGACAUCAUAUAUGAUUAUUUAAGAGAAAUGCAGUAUUCACACUUUUAAAAAAUCAAUUUUAAAAAGCAACCUGAAUCUUUUAGGUGGUUUUGUAAUCGGUAUUAGAAACUGGGAUAGAAAAGCUAGGAGCGAAAUGGCUUCUGGAACUUGGGUUGUAGGCGCCAAAACAAGAAUGUCUAGUUGCCACUUUGGGGUGGGGCAGCAAUGCUUUCUAUUUAUUAUUUUAAUAAGCAUGAGCUAAUAUACAAUUCUCAUAAGUGAAAUAUUGUUAAUAUCACAUUUUUAACAGAAAUUGUUAAUACAUGUUUAAUUUGGUGUUUACCAUAACAAUAUUGGUACCAUACUUCAUUUUUCAAAACACUCUACUCUUUAUUGUUAAACUCCUUAACAUAUUGUCUAUCCUUAACAUAUACUUUGAAGCUUCAAAGCACAUGCAUUUCAGUAAUCCUUGAGUGUCAGCCAGGCACAAAAAGUGGCACCUAGACUUUUUGAGGUGCUGACAAAUGGAGAAUCUUUAGGCACAAAAUGCGCCUGGUGCCCUGCUAAUUUUGAACCCUGUUUGUAAUCGUCAGUUUUUUACUUACCAUAGCCCUUAUAUAAACUUGUAUAGCAAGUAUAUAGCAUAAUAUAUAAUCCAUGCUUCUCUGUGCUAAAAACAUUAUCCAUACAGGUACAUAACAUUCACUCUUUUGAAUUUAAUGAAUUCAUUAAAGCUACCCACUGGAAGCAGUCCAGACUUCACAGACUGCAUAUGUUGAAAUAGAGAUUACUCUAUGCCAGGGUAAAGUAAAUCACACUCCUCAAAUAACCUAGGGUGCCCUUAAUGCUCAAACAUGCAUGAAAUGAAUAUUCAUUAAAUAGUGCUUGCUUAAUCUCUAAAUCACUUUUUAGUUGGAUUUUGCCGUAUUGAUAAGUACAGUGCAUCCACAUUCUGUUUUUCCUUUGGAAUGGUGCUGAACCUGCUUCUUAAGAGAAUUAUUUUGCCUUUAUGUAGAAUUAUUAUUAUUAUGGAUUUCUUCAUUGAAGCAGUGUUGGAAUAAAAAGCUGUUAUGUGAGCUUUGCUUUUAAGAGUUUUAUAAACGUAAAACCUGGUAAAGGACCCCUGACAGUUAAGUCCAGUCGCAAAUGAUUGUGGUGUUGCGGCGCUCAUCACGCUUUACUGGCCAAGGGAGCCAACGUUUGUCCGCAGACAGUUUUUCUGGGUCAUGUGGCCAGCAUGACUAAGCCGCUUCUGGUGAAACCAGAGCAGCGCAUGAAAACGCCGUUUACCUUCCCGCCAGAGCAGUACCUAUUUAUCUACUUGCACUUUGGCGUGCUUUCAAACUGCUAGGUUGGCAGGAGCAGGGACCAAGCAACAGGAGCUCACCCCAUCACGGGGAUUUGAACCUCUGACCUUCUGAUCAGCUCAAUGGUUUAGACCACAGUGCCACCCGUGUCCCUAAGAGUUUUAUAGUACUUAAGUAAACUGUGUAUAGUACUGUGUAUAGUAUAGUACUCUGAAACCAUGUAUACCUGACUCUUCAAGUUGUACAUAGCUGCAUAGUACUAUAUUAAUGUUUUCCUUGAUGGUGCUUCUGUGACUCACAUGGAACUUUGUUUAAAAUAAAUUGGGUUUGAAGUUUAUCAAACUGAAGGAUGCAGGCAGAAAAUGCAACCUCUGUUUACAUGCUGGUUAAAUACUCUGUAAGUAAGAAAUUAGGCUUCUACAAAGAUUUCCUAAUCUGGAGAGAGUGGGUUUCAAAUUUUAGCAUCAGUUGGCUGAACUGAAUAAAGCAAACAUUCAGCUUUACCUUUGUAUCUGCUGCUGCCAUAUUCCCAGUAGAUUUGCAUAAUAUUUCACUUUUGCACUGGAAAAAGAAACAUCAAGAAUACAAUACUUACUCCUUGCAUAAUUUAAAAGUGCUAAUUUUUCAUUUAGAAGAAAAAUUGUGGAUAAAUACCGAUUAGUUGUUUUGCUUACAUGUGGAAAAAGUCACCGUCCUGAACCAGAAAAAGAGAGUUUUAAUCUUCCAUUAAAAUCUGCAAUUUGGAGCAUAAUGUGUGUGUCCUGGUUCUGUUAUUGCAGAGUAUUCAUAGUAUAUUCAGUCUUAAAUUUAGUGUUGAUAUCUGGAUUGUUCUGCCCCCUUUUGACUAUUCUUGUUGAGAGUUCAUUUAGACAUAAGCCAUUUUAAGAGUUCUUACUAAAAUUAUGAGUGUACAUGUAGCUUGAAUGCUACAUUUAUUUUAUCUUUCGCUUGCCAUACUUUUUAGAGUUCUUGAAGAGACCCUUGGAGAACUAUGUGAAGAAAUUGCGAGUACCAGUUUAUGUGAUUCGAAUGGAGCAGCGUUCUGGACUGAUCAGAGCCAGAUUGAAAGGAGCUGCUGCUUCUAAAGGCCAAGUCAUCACCUUUUUAGAUGCUCAUUGUGAAUGUACAGUAGGAUGGCUGGAGCCACUGCUAGCACGGAUAAAAUUAGACAGGUGCUUAUUUUAUAAAACAUGUUAAAGGUUAAUACUGACUAAUGCAGCUAAUCUGUUUUUUUAAGCGUGACUCAUCCUUGGACAUAGUGGGUAAACUUCAUUAAUCCUUAGAAUAUAAGAAAUUUGUAGUAGAAGAAUAUUUGCACAAAGGAUUAAUUAAAGAGCAGUGACAGACCUUGGUAAUCUUCAAAUGCAGUAUGGAUGUAUUGCAGAUACAGUGGUACCUCAGUUUACGAACGUAAUCCAUUCCGGAAGUCCGUUCUUAAACCAAAGCCGUUCUUAAACCAAGGCACGCUUUCCCUAAUGAGGCCUCCCACCGCCGGUGCCCUUCCACCAUUCGGAUUCCGUUCUUAGACUGAGGUAAAGUUAUUAAACCAACACACUAUUUCUGGUUUUGUGGAGUUUGUAAACCAAAUCGUUCUUAAACUGGACUGUUCUUAAACCGAGGUACCACUGUACAACUAUAUUUAUAAUUAAUAACUGUGACACCUCAGAUAUCCUGCCAUAGCCUGUUACUAUUGUUUUCUGUGUUAUGCUCAUGCCUUGCAGCAUGUUUCUCCGGAAAUCAAGCAACCUGUUCUCUGAGGUACAUAGGAACCUACCAUUCUGCCAAGUUAAACCUUUGUUUCAUUUAAGGAUUUUCCUGCCCUAACUGCUAGCCCAUCUGGCUCUGAAUACAAAUACCUUGUUUAGAGAGGUAACACUUUUGAAUGUGGUUAAUGUGAGCUUCAGUCUACUAUCCUGCAUUAUUUAAUUUCUAAGAUUUCUUCUUUCUUCUUUUUAUUUUUUCCCAAUUUCCAAUUUUACAAUAAUUGAUACCUCAUCACACAUACAUACAUCAUAGUUUGACUUCCCUCCCCCCUUUCUGUGGUUUCUUCUAUUUUCACUUUUGAUUUAUGCACCUCCCCCUAUAACUCCUUAUACAGUGGUGCCUUGCAAGACGAAAUUAAUCCGUUCCGCGAGUCUCUUCGUCUAGCGGUUUUUUCGUCUUGCGAAGCAACCCUAUUAGCGGCUUAGCGGAUUAGCGCUAUUAGCGGUUUAGCGGCUAUUAAAGGCUUAGCGGCUUAGCUGCUACAAGGCUAGUAAAGGCUUAGCGGCAUAGAACAAGGGGGGGGAAAGCGGAACAAAAAUCUCAAGACUCACAAGACAUUUUCGUCUUGCGAAGCAAGCCCAUAGGAAAUUCGUCCUGCGAAGCAACUCAAAAACGGAAAACCCUUUCGUCUAGCGGGUUUUCCGUCUUGCGAGGCAUUCGUCUUGCGGGGCACCACUGUAAUUGUUACUCUCAACUUUGAAAGUUUAAUAGUUUAACUGCUCAUCUUCAGUUAAUCCUGCUAAUGCAGUUAACUGUUUGCAAUGAUUUUUAAAAUACUCCAGAUACUUUCCCCAUUCUUUUUUAAAAGUUCCCUCAUCUUGGUUCCUUAUUGGUCCAGUAAGCUUAGCCAUUUCUGCGUAGCCCAUUAAUUUUUCCUGCCAUUCAUCCUUGGUUGGAACUGUAUCUUAUUUCCAUCUAUUAUUUAUAAGAUUUCUUAUCUACCCUUCACCCCACGUAGAAUAGAAGUGACAGCUCUUGCAGAUAAAGGACUAUUUCAAGUGUUUGAUCAUUACUUUGUUUAAUAGCAUAGCAUAGUUUCUUCUAUUCUAUGUUGCUGUGGUAUAAAGUGAGCAUGAGCCGGACAAAAACGAACCUUUUAAGCCUCAUUGAAAUAACUGAAGCUAGUUCAAAGACACUUGUAGAUACAGUGGUACCCCGCAAGACGAACGCCUCGCAAGACGGAAAACCCGCUAGACGAAAGGGUUUUCCGUUUUGGAGGCGCUUCGCAAACCGAAUUUCCCUAUGGGCUUGCUUCGCAAGACGACAGCCCAUAGGGAAAUCUCAGGGACAGCGGGGAAGCGCAGCGCGUCUUCCCCACUGUCCUCGGACCUCCUCCGAAGCCGGGCGGCGGGGCGGGGACACCUCCUCCCGCCGCCGCCGGGCUACGGAAGGCUCCUCCGGGCCGGGCGGGGGAGGGAACACCUGCCGCCGCCGCCCGGCCUCGGAACGGUGCUCCGGGCCGGGCGGGGGAGGGAACACCUGCCGCCGCCGCCCGGCCGGAACGGUGCUCCGAGCCGGGCGGGGGGAGGAAGACCUCCCCGCCGCCCGGCCCGGAACGGUGCUCCGAGCCGGGCGGUGGGGAGGGAAGACCUCCCCGCCGCCCGGCUCGGGACGGUGCUCCGGCCGGGCGGUGGGGAGGGAAGACCUCCCCGCCGCCCGGCUCGGAACGGUGCUCCGAGCCGGGCGGGGGGAGGGAACACCUGCCGCCGCCGCCCGGCUCGGAACGGUGCUCCGAGCCGGGCGGGGGAGGGAAGACCUCCGCCGCCCGGCCUCGGAACGGUGCUCCGAGCCGGGCGGUGGGGAGGGAAGACCUCCCCGCCGCCCGGCUUCGGAACGGUGCUCCGGGCCGGGCGGUGGGGAGGGAAGACCUGCCGCGCCGCCCGGCUCGGAACGGUGCUCCGGGCCGGGCGGGGGGAGGAAGACCUUCUGAAGGCGGGCGGGGGCGAAAGUCCUUGCUCCCCUGCCUGCCUGUCCCGGAGGGCUUUGAAGGCGGGGAGCAAGACUUCGCGCCCCGCCCGCCUUCAGAAGAGGUCCAGGACCUCUUCUGAAGGCUGGCGGGGGCAAAGUCUUUGUCCCCCUGCCUGCCUUCCCAGGGGCUUUUAAAUUGCCCCGGACAGCGGAGAAGUCCUCCGCUGUCCCGGGUGAUUUUGAAAUGCCGCCCGCCAGCAUUUUAAGAUCGCCUGGACAGCGGAGAAGUCCUCCGCUGUCCCGGGGUUUUUAAAAUGCUGGGGUGGGAAGAAAAGCCCUUGCCCCCCAGCCUUCAGAAGAGGUCCGGGGACAGACUGUCCCCGGACCUGGUCUGAAGGCGGUUUCCCUAGGAACGCAUUAAUUGAUUUUCAAUGCAUUCCUAUGGGAAACCGUGCAUCGCAAGACGAAAAACUCGCAAGACGAAGAGACUUGCGGAACGAAUUAAUUUCGUCUUGCGAGGCACCACUGUACUUAACAUGAGCUGGAUCAUGCCUAUCAUGUACUAAAACUGAAACAUUUUCAGAGAUGAACAGGAAAUGAGAUGCUCAAUUUGUGGUAUAGGGCUGAUAUUGUAUGUAACAAGGGCUGUAUUUUGUUCCUGUAUUCUUGCCUUUUUCUAAUGGUCUAUGCCAUUUCUUUCUUUAGGAGAACAGUAGUUUGUCCAAUUAUUGAUGUAAUCAGCGAUGAUACAUUUGAAUAUAUGGCAGGUUCUGAUAUGACUUACGGUGGGUUCAACUGGAAGUUGAAUUUCCGGUGGUAUCCUGUUCCACAGAGAGAAAUGGACCGAAGGAAAGGUGACAGGACCCUUCCAGUCAGGUAAAGGGAGCUGAUGAGCAUUAUUGGGAUAUCCCUUCAUGCAUGUGUCUAAUAAUACAAUCCAGGUUUACUCAGUUCCCAAGUCCAUUUCUACAUUAAAAAGAACUCUGAAGGUGCAAGGAACUGUGAGGGAAAUAUGAUAUGUAAUCAGCAACCAUUAACUUGAUUUAAAAAACCCCAGUAAAUUAAGACACAUCUUAGAAAGCCUGCUGAAACAGGUAGAUCAUACAACUCUUAGUAAUAAGUAAUUGCAGGUUGAACACUAGGAAGUGUGUUCUCCCUUAACUGUGAGCAUCUACUGUGGUACCUCAGGUUAAGAACUUAAUUCGUUCUGGAGGUCCAUUCUUAACCUAAAACUGUUCUUAAUCUGAAGCACCACUUUAGCUAAUGGGGCCUCCCGCUGCCACUGUGCCGCUGCUGCGCGAUUUCUGUUCUCAUCCUGAAGCAAAGUACUAUUUCUGGGUUAGCGGAGUCUGUAACUGGAAGCAUCUGUAACCCAAGGUAACACUGUAGUUUGGACAGGGAGGUCCAUUCCAAGUUAGUGAUUAGUAUGUCACCUUUUCUAAACCUGCGGCAGUGAAACAACGCUGUUUUGGCACAACAUAACUUCUUCCUUAAACAUGCUCUGGGGGUUUUCCCCAACCCUCCAGAGCAUGGUUAUGGGGUGCACAAAGAGAGGAAGUGCUUGUACAAACAUAAUUGCUUAACUGGAUACUGCCUAUGGAAAUUAAUGGACCUAAGUUAAUCAUGUACAGUGGUGCCUCGCAAGACGAAAUUAAUCCGUUCCGCGAGUCUCUUCGUCUAGCGGUUUUUUCGUCUUGCGAAGUAACCCUAUUAGCGGCUUAGCGGAUUAGCGCUAUUAGCGGUUUAGCGGCUAUUAAAGGCUUAGCGGCUAGCGGCUAAAGGCUAUUAGCGGCUUAGAAAAAGGGGGAAAGCGAAAAAAUCUCAAGACUCGCAAGACUUUUUCGUCUUGCGAAGCAAGCCCAUAGGGAAAUUCGUCCUGCGAAGCGCAUUGAAAAACGGAAAACCCUUUCGUCUAGCGGGUUUUUCGUCUUGCGAGGCAUUCGUCUUGCGGGGCACCACUGUAUUAAUUUUUUUGAUAUUAAUGUUCUGAGUUGGACUGGCAUUAGAUGCAGUUCAGGAUGCUGCAACAUACCUUAUCCUUCAAAUCUGUGCUGCCUUCCUGUACUCCCAGACUGGCAAAUGCCUCCCUCUUUUUCACCCUCUGGCCCAAUUUUAGCUAUAUUUUUGUUAGGAUAGAGUUCACUGCUAAGAGUAAUAAAUGUAAUAAUAAAUGUCAGAGUUGGAUUUAAAACAUUUUCAUAUUUCUUUAGGACGCCUACAAUGGCAGGAGGCCUUUUUUCUAUAGAUAGGGACUAUUUUCAAGAAAUUGGGACAUACGACGCAGGAAUGGAUAUAUGGGGAGGAGAAAACCUAGAAAUUUCAUUCAGAGUAAGUAAACUUCAUUUUUAUUCCCAGGUAGUGCAGCUUAGUUAUGGUAGGCAGACAUACUUUGAAUGUUACCAGAGAAAAGAUGCAAAUUCUAUCUUUCAACGAUAGAAUAUUUUUUAAAAUUAAAAACAAAUUCAGGGAAGAGAGAUAACAGCUGCUUUGCCAGAGUGCUUUGGUGCAGUACUGCAAAGCACAUGGUUCACAGCUCUGAUCAAAAGUUCUAGGACAUCCCAGUAUCUGCAUGUGCAGUUGACUGAAGAAUAGUUAAACUUGGGUAGAGCUGUCAUGCUACCAUUAUGAUGUUUCAGUAAUACUGGUAAGUGCCCAAUGUCCUUGCUGCAACAGAAUGGUCUUGCUACGUAAUCUGGAUAUGAUUUCACAUGGGCUGGAAGUGGGACAUCUGUGAUGAGUUCUCCAUGAAAUGGUGAAGGGUGAUAUCCACUGGUCAAGAGUGAUGUGUAAAUAUAAUUAGUAAAAUUAUAAUGCAGAAUUAUUACUCAUGCAGUUAUAGUUUGCAUAGUAAUCAGAACCUUUCUUUCCCUAAAAGACAAUAGAAAUAUGUUUAUGGUGAACUCUUGACAUUUUCAGAUUUGGCAGUGUGGGGGAACUUUGGAAAUUGUAACAUGUUCGCAUGUUGGACACGUUUUUCGAAAAGCCACUCCUUACACUUUCCCAGGAGGGACAGGGCAGAUUAUUAAUAAAAAUAAUAGACGACUUGCAGAAGUUUGGAUGGAUGGAUUCAAGAAUUUCUUCUACAUAAUUUCCCCAGGUAAGCAAGGAAUCUUCAGCAUAAUAUAGUGUCUUAAAAUGAUAUGGUGAAUGUAUAAAGCCAUCUUCUGCUCAGACUAUUGAUUCACCUGGCUCUGAAAUGUGAUGCUAAUGCAGUUUUAGGCUGCAUUAAUAGAAACCAUAGUUUCCAUCUCAUGAGAAAUAAUAGUUACAAUUCAUUUUAUACUAGACAGACCUCAUCUUUGGAGUAUUGUGUCCAGUUGUGGAGGAGGACUGUGAGAAGGAUGUAGAAAAAUUAGAGGGCAACCAAGGUGGUCUGUGGGAUUGAUGAGAAAAGGUUAUAUGAACUGUGUAUGUUUAGCCAUGAGAGCAGAAGGCUUGAAUGGACCGAAGGGCUGUCACACAAUAGAAAGGAAUCUCUGCUACUCCCAAGCAGCAGGAAUAGAUCUGCAGAAGUAGAGAUUUCAGUUGAACAUUAGGAGAAACUUCAGUAAGAGUAAUCCAGCAAUAGAGCCAUGUACCUAGGGAUGGUGGUCUCUCUCACUGGAAGACUCCAGGUAGAGGCUAGACAGCCAUGUAUUGCAAAUGCUUUAGCUCUAGAUUUCCAACAUUAAGCAGAAGGUUGGACUAGAUUCUGUAAACAUUUCUGUACUGUACUCUUCAAGAUACUUGUGCUGUUACGGGGCUCAAAUAAAGUAGCAUCUUUAGGCAUAAUUCAAAGACUGUACCAAAACUACCCUGUUUGGUUGCAAUUUCCUUGGAAUGUUCAGACUCCUGCCAAUGUGGUGUAGUGGUUAAGAGCUGUAGACUCGUAAUCUGGUGAACCGGGUUCGCAUCCCCACUCCUCCACAUUCAGCUGCUGGGUGACCUUGGGCCAGUCACACUUCUUUGAAGUCUCUCAGCCCCACUCACCUCACAGAGUGUUUGUUGUGGGGGAGGAAGGGAAAGGAGAAUGUUAGCCGCAUUGAGACUCCUUCGGGUAGUGAUAAAGCGGGAUAUCAAAUCCAAACUCCUCCUACCUUAUAUUAAAUGUUCAUUUGUAGCUCUGUAAGCAAUUUUCAUGGAAAUUGGUCUGUAGAUAAGAAAUUGAUGCGGCCUCACAGUUUCAGAUAAAACUGGUUGUAAGUUUUCCUUGUGAUAGUAAGAUACCUAGGACCUGUCCUCAAAGAUCUGUGUAAAGAUUACUCUUCUCACCCAGUCUAAUUUUUGUGCAGGUAAUCUAUUACUGUAUUUAUUCAAUUAAAACUGUAACUAACUGAGAUGCAACUCUCUGCAGGGGUUACAAAGGUAGAUUAUGGAGACAUAUCAUCACGACUUGGACUUAGACACAAGCUGCAGUGCAAACCAUUUUCCUGGUACCUAGAGACUGUUUAUCCUGAUUCCCAAAUACCACGACUCUAUUUCUCUUUGGGAGAGGUAACAAUUUUAAGACCCAUACAGUUUUGAGAACUCUUAAUUAACUGUAGAAUUCUUUAAUAUGCCUCAAGCGUUGAAGUAAAAAAAUGUGUGUGAACGGCACACCUGUGCUUUUUUCUAAUGUGCAAAGCUUUAAAGUUUGGGUAAUAAGAUUAAAGCAGAUUUAUUUCUCCCAUGUGUAAGACUUUCUGUAAUGCUGUAAUAGAAGAAUUCAAAUCCUUAGGUCAUAUAAAAUCUAAAUUAAUACUUGGAAGGAAAUUCUUUUCCAGAAACAGGGAAUUUACAUGCUGCUGUUAAUGUGCACUGUGCUAACAGCUUCUAAACUUAAGUAACCACAGGCUAGUGGUGUAGCAGGGAUUCUCAAGAGGAAAAGCUUGUUUUAUCAGAACAAGUUCCUUUCCUCUUAUUAUGUUCAGCAUGUUUCUAUACUGCCUUUUUUGUAAAUAAAUUUUUAUUAAUUUUCACAGAUAGUAAACAACAAAAUAAAGAUACAAAAAUCAAACCACAAUCUAACAUUUGAACUUCUAAUAAGGAAUCCUACUAUUUACAAGCCUUCUUUUGAGGUUCUUUAAACCUCAAGACUUCCUUCCAACCCCCUUCUACUGAUUCUUUACAUCUUACAUCAUUCUCUGCAUUUUGUUAUCAUUUGUAUCCAGUUGUUACUCCUUAACAUUUUCUAGUUCCUCACUGCUUACAAGUGCUUAAUCGAACCCUCCCAAUGUACCAACUUGUUUACAAUAUUUCUGCACAUAUACAAUAAGUUUUUUUCCAUUUUUUUUAACUUCUCAUUGUCAGAGUCUCUGAGUUUUGCCGUCAGUUUUGCCAUUUCUGCAUAUUCCAUAAGUUUUAUUUGCCAUUCUUCUAUUGCUGGCAACUGUUCUUCUUUCCAUCUUUGGGCUAACAGGAUCCGGGCAGCUGUUGUGGCGUACAUAAAUAAUUUCUUCUGUUCUUUGGGAAUUUCUGUUCCUGUUACACCUAAUAAAAAUGCUUCUGGGUUGUUGUUUUUUUUUUUUAAAAAAAGUUAGUUUAAACAUUCUCUUCAAUUCAUUAUAUAUCAUUUCCCAGUAGCUUUUAAUAACCUUACAUUCCCAUCACAUAUGAUAGAAUGUACCCUCUUUUUCUCUGCAUUUCCAGCACUUACUAGAACUUGUUUUAUACAUUUUAGCAAGUUUAAUCGUGUUAUAUACCACCGAUGCAUCAUUUUCAUAUAGUUCUCUUUAAGUGUGGUACAUGCAGUAAAUUUGAGAUCCACAGUUUUUCCCAAUCAUUCACUUGUAUAUUAUGUCCCAGAUCCUUUGCCUACUUCAUUACAUACUUAACCUCUUCGUCUUUAUUUUUCCAUUCCAACAGCAAAUUAUACAUUUUCGACAGUAAUUUUGUAUUAUCCUCCACUAUUUCUCUUUGAAAUCUUGAUAUGGUGUAACUAAAUCCUUUUUGUCAUUUUUAAAAGUUUCAUUUAGUUGAAAGUGUUGUAACCAAUCUAUUACUUUCUCUCCAAUUUCCUCAAAUCUUUCAACUUUAAUUGAUUAUCCACUUCUGUUAACAGCUCUCUGUACACUGGCCGUUUAGUCUUUAUGCUAACCUUUUUUACUGAUAUUACUUCUGUUGGUGAGAUCCACCAUGGUGUCUUUUGUUCUAAUACGGUAGUACCUUGGUUUACAUACGCUUCAGGUUACAGACUCUGCGAACCCAGAAAUAGUACCUCGGGUUAAGAACUUUGCUUCAGGAUGAGAACAGAAAUCGUGCUCCCGCCGUGCAGCAGCAGCAGGAGGCCCCAUUAGCUAAAGUGGUGCUUCAGGUUAAGAACAGUUUCAGGUUAAGAACGGACCUCUGCAAUGAAUAAAGUACUUAACCCGAGGUACCACUGUAAAUCCUUACAUCUCUCCCAUACUUUUAAAAUUGCAUUUCUUAUUAUAUGGUUCUGGAAUCAUUUGUGCACUUUGGCUUUAUUAUACCAUAAAUACGCAUGCCAACCAAAUCUACUGUCAUGUCCUUCUAAAUCUAAAAGAUCUGUGUUUUCUAAUUUAAUCCAACAGAUAUGCUUCAUAAUAUAUCUUUAAAUCUGGUAGGGAGAAACCCUCCUCUUAAUACAAAUAUUCCCAAAGUGGUUAACAUACAACAGCUUAAAACUCCUGUAUUUUAUUUAAUAAAUCUUUAACUUACCAUACAGAGUUAUCUACCCUCACAAUGCAGUUUGCAACAUAUAUAAUAAACAUUAGAAUUCCCAAUUUUUAAAUAAGAAACAAUAAAAAUGAUGCUCCCAAUGGACAUCAAAAGCAUUUCCCUGGGGAUGAAUUUUAUUAAUUUUAUAUGCAUUAUAUGUCCAGAAUUUCCCAGAUAUAUCCUGAAUACUAUAGUCAGAAGCAGUGUCUGGGCAGAAAUUGCUAAAAUGUCCGGGAAAAUCAGGACUUAUGGCAACCCAUGUCAGCAUUGUCGUUACUGGCGAUUUCCCUUAAAAAUAGCAGUCCUACAUUAUAUGCUAUAUUAUAAUUAACUUAUUUAAAAGGCAGAACCAACAGUAAAGAUACACACUCUCUGGUCAAUCAGGCCCAGCUGCCUUGUGGAAUAAAAGGACUGUUGCUUGCCUCUAAAAUGAAGCCAAGGAAGAAUAUAGACAGGGCUUUAGAGUCAUACCCAAAAUGAUUAGAAUCUGAUUUUGGAUUAACAAAGCUAAGUAAUGCUAUCAUAAUGUUUAGCUUGAUCUGAUUAAUCAUCCUAUCCCAUUUCAGGUUGGACAGGUAAUCUCACUCCUACCCCUCCUCUCCUACCCUUCCUGCCAAUCUUAAGGGUAAACUAAUUUGAUAAUUUAGAAUGAAUGCCAUAGUUGCCACUCCGUGAUUCUCAUGAUCACAUGUUGUCGUCUAAAUAAUUGUACUGAUUUUCACUGAGCUUUAGAUAAAACUUUCCACAUUUUAAAAAUCACAUUGACUCUGAAACAUCUGUUGGACUAAAGAAGAAUAUCCUUGCUUUUACAGUGGUACCUCGGGUUAAGUACUUAAUUCGUUCCGGAGGUCUGUUCUUAACCUGAAACUGUUCUUAACCUGAAGCACCACUUUAGCUAAUGGGGCUUCCUGCUGCCGCCGGAGCACGAUUUCUGUUCUCAUCCUGAAGCAAAGUUCUUAACCUGAAGCACUAUUUCUGGGUUAGCGGAGUGUGUAACCUGAAGCGUAUGUAACCUGAAGCAUAUGUAACCCGAGGUCCCACUGUAUAAGGGGUUCAAUGAGUUUAAGUUAUAAGUCUUAGUGUUAUUAAAAUCUCAGAUGUUGGACAGGCAUGGGUCACUUAGCUGGUUUGCAAGCUAUAACCAUUCUUGGGGAAAGUGUAAUCUGGCCGUAUUAUCCAUGUCCUAACUAAAGUUAAGUUUACAGUACUGUAAUGCAUUCCAUGUGGGGUUCCCUUGGAAGACUGGAAAAUUCAACUGAUUCAGAACAUGGCUUCCACUAGUGCAACACUACAACACUGUAGAAUACUGGUUUACUGAAAGGAGAGCAUUGGAAUGUGGGGAGGAAAAAGUCAGUUCGGUGACAGUUGGGGAGAAGUAGUAGAGUAGAGCAGCUGAAGAGAAAGAUAAGAGAAAGCAGUGGACUAGAGAAAGGGAGAGAGAGGCAAGUGGUUCAGAGUUCAACCAGUGGGAAAAAGUGAGCUAUAAUAAGACACUGAAGACUAUUAUGUUUCAAAGGGACAUCACUGAUUAAUUGCUCUUUACGGACUUUUAGGAGUCAAAGGAUCUGAAAAGCUCUUGAACACCAUGCUGCUGUUUUAUGCCUUUCGUUUUAUUGGUGGUUUUUAAAAUUGUGUGUGCUGCCUUGAUAAUUUGAUUUGGAAGCAUACUGCUGCAAGGUAUUGGUAUUGCCCUGCAUCCCCACUUGGCCCCAAUGCCACAGCUUAUUCACUAUUUCUCUGCUCUUCCAUUCUCAUUCUUUGUUGUGUACAGUGAAGGGCAUAAAGAAGGUGCGUGGAAAGAGCCUCAAGACUGCUCCUGAUCUCUUUAUUUAUUUGCUUGUUUGUUGAAUACGUAUACCACCCUUCACCCAAAGAUCUCAGGCCAGUUCACAGCAUAACAAUACAAAUUAAAAACGCAAAAUGCAUAAUAAAAACAAGAAAACAAACCAAUAACCACCACCCUCCGGAAGCACAUUUAACAUGACCUAAAAUGUUAUCAGCCAAGGCCUGGUUGAAGAGGAAUGUUUUCACCUGGCCUAAAGAUGUAUAAUGAAGGUGCCAGACAAGCCUCCUGGGGAGAGCAUUCCACAAAUGGGGAGCCACUGCAGAAAAGGCCUCUUCUUGUGUUGCCACCCUCUUGACCUCUUGUGGAGGAGGCCUGCAAAGAAUGGCCUCAGGUCAGCUCAUGUUAGUAUUAUUUAUUCAAUUUAUAUACCGCCGUAUACCCACAGGUCUCAUAGGGAGAAAUAUAGGAUGGACAGGGUAACUGAACAGGGCACAUAUGCAAAGGCUUCCUUGCUUGUGAUUUUCAGGCCAUGCAUGCAGAUUGUCUUUCUAAUGUAAAUACGUAUAGCAAACGGAGUGUGCUGAAUUUUUGUUCUUGUCUUCAGAUCAGAAACAUGGAAACAAAUCAGUGUCUGGAUAACAUGGCAAGGAAAGAAAAUGAAAAAGUUGGCAUUUUUAAUUGUCACGGGAUGGGUGGCAAUCAGGUAACAAUAUAAAAUUCCGAAAACUAAAAUAUUAGAUUUUUAAACUGUAUAUAAUUAGACAAGUCAUUGUGUAUGUGAAUGUGAGAGUGCAUAUGUCUCUGUGUGUGCAUGCAUGAGCACUGUGUGUACAUAUGUGCACAUAUGUGCCACAGAGUGCGGAGGAAAUUAAUGUUUUGGGGAGUGUGCGUGCAUAUGUCUGCAUGACAGUAUGCUUGCAUGUGUGAGUGCAUGUUUGAGUGUACAGUGUAAUGCAAGAAUGUAUGCAUCUGUAUACAUUCUCUGGUCCAUGGGGUCACGAAGAGUCGGACACGACUAAACAACAACAUGCAUCUGUAGGACUUGUGUGUACAUGUGUGAUUGUAUUUGUGCAUAUAUGUGUGCACACAGAUUUGUGUGUGUGAGACGGGGUGGGGGUGAGAUAUGUGGGGGAGUGAGAGAAUGGAGGAGAAAGAGGAGUGUCCCCACUUAUUUGUGCAUUGGCCACUCCUUCUUGCAGGGGUAUGUGGCUCCAGUCACUAUUUCCCAAAGACAAUGUGCCCCUUGACCUCAAAAAACAGUUCCACAGUUACUGGGAAGUAAGACUUGUUAAAUUCAGUGGGACUCAUUUCAAAAUGGAAAUAGGAUUGCACUGUACGACUUCUUUAUAGUAUGCUUUUAUUCCUGUAGGUCUUGCUUGGAAUAAUAUUAAUUUGACUGUUGUGAGGUUGCAAGCUAGAGGGAGAUCACCCUGUUUCAUGCUGUAGACCUGUUUGUUUUAGGACAUGGAUGGGUGCUGUUGAGCAACAUGGUGGGGAAAGUUGUGAUUCCCCCUCAAAAAACUAUUGCCAUGGAACAAAAGUUCUGCAGCGGCCCUGCCCUCUAUCCAAGCACCCAGUAACUAUAUCUACCAGUAGUUUAAGAAACUCUUUUAUCCAAAGAGAUUAAUUAUUCUAAAUCUGUUUUCCAUAUGUGUACAUUGAGGACAGGUUUAAUGUUCAGAAAAACAUAUAAAGUGGUAUAUAGCAUGGUAAUAACAGGCUAUUGCUUUCCAUCAAGGUUUUCUCAUAUACAGCCAACAAAGAAAUUCGAACAGAUGAUUUGUGCUUAGAUGUCUCCAAACUGAAUGGUCCUGUCACAAUGCUCAAGUGCCACCACUUAAAAGGCAAUCAACUUUGGGAAUAUGAUCCAGUGGUAAGUUGUCUUAUGACUGAAGCUCAAGUGAUUAGAAAAUUCAGUGACUAUAGAUGUUGGUAUAAUUAUAGUAUUGUGGAGAAUGCUGGUUGGAACUAGGAGAUGGGAGUAAUAAAUUAAGAUAAGUAACAUGAUGUGUUGCAAUUUUUAAAAACUGUGUUGGAAUUAAAGCUGCUUUUUUAGUAAUGAAGUUGUGUAAGCAAAGGGAGGGAACUCAUCUAAGGAGAUAAUUCAUUCCUGUGUCCCAUGGAUUACAAAGGACACACACACAAAUUACCGCUGUACCCUAACAAAUAACACUCCCUAUUUCCCCCCCACAAACUGCAAUGCUAGUUUUACCUGCUUUUCUCAAACCACAGUAAUUCCUUGCAUGAUUAAAGGAAGCGCUGGCGGCCUUGGAGCUUGCAGUCACAUCCUGUUUUGUUUUCCAAAGGGCCUGAACAAAAGGUACCAAUGACCUUUUUGCUGGCCACUUGUAUGCAAACCCUUUCCAACUCUUCCCCAUUUCUCAUUCUGCAGUGGUGCAUUUAAAUUUCUGUUACAGCAGCAUCAAGGCAAAGCUAGAAAUUGCUGUUAGAACACGGUUACGGGUUGGAUUAAAAUGUCGAUUUGUAUAAAAGAUUUGAUAGUCAAUUUCUAGUAGUACGUUUUUAAAUCUGUGGGCCCGUGGUCCAUUUAUUACAGUGCACCUGCUCUGAGUAUGAUUUUUGUUAGAUAUUACCUAGUGUUUUAAAUUGGCCCUUUUUCUUGUUGACUUAAAUCAUGAUUUAAGUCUAUGCUAAGUCAUUAUUUUAAAGCCCCCCCUGCACUACAUUGCAGUUUGAAACUUUAGAGUUUCAAAAGCAGUGUGCACUGCAAGGGAGGCUGCUCGUGAAAGGAAAUACGUAAAAAAAAAAAUCCUAGACACCCUCCCACAAGCCCUUAAGAAUCUUCAGUGGCAUUUCCAAGAUACCUAAGAGGUACUGAGUUCCAUAUAUGCUCUCAAAGGAUGUGGACCGCUUGGAGAGAGGAAAACACAACUAUCCUUUUCCUAGCAGUGGUCGGUCCUAAAUGAACCUACUGACUGGUGUGGAUUAUCUCUUCCUCUUCUAAUUAAAAUAUACUCUUUUUUCCCUCUUCCCUUUCCUCUCUCCCCCGCCAAAAAAGAAAUUAACCCUUUUGCAUGUGAACAGUAACCAGUGCCUGGAUAAAGCCACUGAAGAAGACAGCCAGGUACCCAGCAUCAAAGACUGCAGUGGUGGCCGCUCUCAGCAGUGGCUUCUUCGUAACGUCACCCUUCCAGAAAUAUUCUGA